CUUCAGUUUUCAAUUUUUAAAGGCUGUUGUUGUAACGAGUACAUCGUCGUUGACUCACUGGAAACCCAGCUUCCGUUUUGAGUUUUCAACUUUUUCUCAUGUCGCUGUUCUUGUAAAUGGUCCUUGUUCUUGUAAAUGGUCCGCGUGGAAUAACCCCAAGUGGCCACUGGGUGUCACUGUAGCGCUGCUUCAGAAAACAGUCCUUGUUCUGGCAUUUAUGUACAUGAAAACCAGUAAACCUAAGAAAUGCUGUUUAGAAGAGGAGGCGCUGGUCUAAAUUUCUGUGGCUUCGUGUGUCAUGGCUAAAAGUUGGCCGCUCUUUCUUUAAUGCUUAAAAAGCCGCCUGAACCGGGUAGUAUAUCUAGAGUGAGAAAUGUUAGUUUGGUGUUGGGCUGGUUGGUUGGUUGGUUAGUGAAAGCUGGUAGUGUGGAUGUGUGUACAGUUGGUCAGUCGCUUUUGCAGAAAGGCUUUUAAGAAGAAAAGCAGAAAGGACUGUGCAAGGAUACUUUUCUCGCGGACUCUUUUAUGCCGACAAGGGUCCGAGGACCAGCCUGAGGCGACAAAGGGAGGUAAGAACCUUUGAUGUUGUUGUUUUACAAACCCUGACAUCGUGUGCCAAUUCCUCUGCCUCCCUCCAAGAAAUAAACUAAAAUGACCUGUUUCAUAGAAUAAUGUAGAACUUGUUUUAGAAGAUUGUAAGUGUGUGUUUUAAGGGUGAAAUAAAGCCUUUAAAAACAACAGCAGCUGUUUUUCAUGUGUUCAUUCAGCCUUUAAGCUUUUAGCAAUAGAUUUAUCAACAAAAGUUUUAUUAUAUUCAUUUUAUUUAUUUUAUUAUUCAUUUUAUUUUAUUUCAUUUUACUUAAGUAAGUACCACCAGUACAUCACUUUCAUGUGAUUUUAUUUCAAUAAAGUACAUGCUGUAAAUUUCACAUCUGUCUUCCAAAUCCUUUCCAGUUGUGGUGAGUGGGGGUUGGGGUAAGAGGGGUGGGGUGGGGGUGGGGGUGGGGGUGGGGGUUGGGGUGGGGGUUGGGGUUGGGGGUUGGGGUGAGAGGGGGGGGCGUUGGGGUGAGGUUGGGUUGGGGUAUGGGGGUUGGGGUGAGGGGGCUGGGCUGGGUGGGGUGGGGUGAGAGGGGGUGUGGGCUGGGUGUGGGGAUUGGGGUGAGAGGGGUUGGGGUGGGGGGGUUGGGGUGUGAGGGGGGUUGGGUGGGGUGGGGUGGAGUGAGAGGGUGGGGUGGGGGUUGGGGUUCUGGCACCUGGGGGGGAGACCUUGCCUCCCCUUGUUCCUAGCAGCCAGGCCCGCUCCGACUUCCCAUUGCAAGAUUCUGCUGGGAUCCCAUUAUGUGCUGUAUCAGAUAUUAUUAUUAUAAUAAGAGAGAAGAUCAGAGCAACAUAAAACAAUAACAUUGCGGGUCAAAGAGGAUGGAUCAGAGACAAGUACAAGAGCUGCUGACCAAAAUGACGGAGGCACAAUUUAGUGUUACUGUCGGCAUCUCGAAUAAAUCCUUCGGUUUUAUCUGUAAACGCGGCUUUUCUAUCCAGUGCGGUCUACGUUGAAGAAAUCCUUCAGUUUUCACUUUUUAAAGGCAGUUGUUGUAACGAGUCCGGUCGUGGUUGACUCACCGGAAACCCAGCUUCCGUUUUGAGUUUUCAACUUUUCCCAUGUCGCUGUUCUUGUAAAUGGUCCGCGUGGAAUAACCCCAAGUGGCCACUGGGUGUCACUGUAGCGCUGCUUCAGAAAACAAUCCUUCUUCUGGCAUUUACAUGAAAAGCAAUAGCAUUAUUUGGACAAAAGAAAUGCUGUUUCGAAGCGGAGGUGCUGGUCCUGAUUUCUGUGGCUUCGUGUGCCAAUUCCUCUGCCUCCCUGUUCUUGUAAACGGUCCGCGUAGAAUAGCCCCAAGAGGCCACUGGGUGUCACUGUUAUUUUUACUAUAGGAAGAACAUUCACCAGCACUUGAUUGCCAGCCGCUCGUAAGAAACGCCUUUAUGCAUGCAGUUCGGCCAGAAUUUUAUCCCAAUAGCACUUUUGUUUCUCAUUUUCACCACUAUGUUCACUUCCACUCACACUUUCGUCUCAAAUGCACAAACACUGGCUGCUUGGAGACACUGCAUGGCGCAUUUCGGGCCAGUGAGAAUUUUUUAAAGCGGCUGUGUUUUGAAUUGUUUUGGAAGGUGCGCAUUUGAGAAACGCAGCUUGAAAGGGGACUGAACUGGAUUCUUCCUGCCUCCUUGGUGGAAGAAGGGGAGCAGCGCCAGGUUCUUGCAGUGCUGAAAGGAGAGAGAAAACAUCACAUUUUAGUGAAGCGGGUGUGUGGUUGGGAGGGACAUUUUCUGGGACUUCCCAACACCAUGGCCUCUAAAGCUCACUUGGUGGCAGGUUUCAGGUGCUUCCAUCUGUCUUUUGGUGCCAGCAAUAUUUCCCCCCAGAGGAAAAAGCAGCGCCAUUCCUGGAGACCCUGCAACCCCAGGCCGAUGUGGGGGGUGGAAAGGUCAUGAGUUGGGCAGACUAUCUGCCCACACCACAAGCUCCGUAGUGGGGAAGGAGAGCUGGGCUGGGGGGGGGAUGAACACCUGGCAAUUCAUGCACCUCUUGGGUUGCAGAUAGUACACGGGUAUAUCUGCCUAAAAAGCCUGGGACACAAUUUCCUCCACCCUGUAGCACCUAUGGCAGCUCAUUUUCCAGACGUCAUGUAUUUAGCCUGAAGCUGAGGCUCCAAUACUUUGACCACCUCAUGAGAAGAGAAGACCCCCUGGAAAAGACCCUGAUGUUGGGAAUGAUGGAGGGCACAAGGAGAAGGGGACGACAGAGGACGAGAUGGCGGGACAGUGUUCUCGAAGCUACCAGCAUGAGUCUGACCAAGCUGCGGGAGGCAGUGGAAGACAGGAGGGCCUGGCCUGCUCUGGUCCAGGGGGUCACGAAGAGGCGGACACGACUAAACGACUAAACAACAACAACAAUGUAUUUAGCAUUAACUCUGGCAGUGUCUGCUUGAUUCUGACCCAACUCAGCCUGAUGUACACAUUUUGCUCUAGGAGGCUUAGCUUGCUCACAAUUGAGUCUCCACUUCCAGAGUUAAUGUGAAAUACAUUCCUUCUCGUAAAAGAGCCACCGUAGCUGCUAGAGGGCUGUGAAAAUAGGCGGCCCAGGCUUCUUAGACUCGCCUGUGCAUGUACUAACCAAAGGGGUACAUUGAUUGCCAGCCGUGAAAUCCCCUGGCAUUAUAUUCAACACUCUUUGAGUUUUCAACUUUCCCCAUGUUGCUCUUCUUGUAAAUGGUCCACGUGGAAUAACCCUAAGUGGCCACUGGGUGUCACUGUAGCGCUGCUUCAGAAAACAGUCCUUGUUCUGGCAUUUAUGUACAUGAAAACCAGUAAACCGAAGAAAUGCUGUUUAGAAGAGGAGGCGCUGGUCUAAAUUUCUGUGGCUUCGUGUGUCAUGGCUAAAAGUUGGCCGCUCUUUCUUUAAUGCUUAAAAAACCGCCUGAACCGGGUAGUAUAUAUAGAGUGAGAAAUGUUAGUUUGGUGUUGGGCUGGUUGGUUGGUUGGUUAGUGAAAGCUGGUAGUGUGGAUGUGUGUACAGUUGGUCAGUCGCUUUUGCAGAAAGGCUUUUAAGAAGAAAAGCAGAAAGGACUCUGCAAGGAUACUUUUCUCGCGGACUCUUUUAUGCCGACAAGGGUCUGAGGGUUGUUGUUGUUUUACAAACCCUGACAUCGUGUGCCAAUUCCUCUGCCUCCCUCCAAAAAAUAAACUAAAAUGACCUGUUCCAUAGAAUAAUGUAGAACUUGAUUUAGAAGAUUGUAAGUGUGUGUUUUAAGGGUGAAACAAGCCCUUUAAAAACAACAGCUGCUGUUUUUCAUGUUUUCCUUCAGCCUUUAAGCUUUUAGCAAUAGAUUAAUCAACUAACGUUUUAUUAUAUUCAUAUUAUUUUAUUUUAUUUUACUAUUCAUUUUAUUUUAUCUUAUUUUAUUUAAGUAAGUACCACCGGCACAUCCUUUUCAUGUAAUUUUAUUUCAAUAAAGUACAUGCUAUAGAUUUCAGAUCUGUCUUCCAAUUCCUUUCCAGUCUAUCAUUUGUAAGGGUUUUGCCAGGUGGUUGUGGGAGGGAGAGAUUUUUUGUGCCCCCACUUUCACCUGAGUUUCCUGGCAGGCUGAUAUUGUGUCCCACAUCUUUUGCCUAUUUUAUCAUAACAGAUUUGACCUGUUCCUCUUUGGUGUCCCAUUCCAGGAGCAGAUUAUACAUUUUUGGCAAUAAUUUAGUAUUAUCUUCUCAUAUCUCUCUUGAAAUCUUGAUGCUUCAUGACUAAAUCCUUUCUUUUUGUCACUUUUAAAAGUUUCAUUUAGCUGAAAAUAUUGAAACCAGUCUGUAACCUUUUCUCUAACUUCUUCAAACUCCUUUAAUUUUUAUAAUAUUCUGCUGUUAGGCCACGGCGUCCUGGUGAUUUUUCUACCUUUGCUUGUUUAAUUGCGUCCCAAACGUGCAGAGCUUAUCUUCUUGGCUUCCUUGGGCUGUUUUUCUGUUCUCUUUUUUUAUUAUAUUUUUUUAUUAAUUUUCCAAUAAACAUAAAUACACAAUAAAACAUCAAAUUCCCAUCACCUGUCCUAUUUUCAUUUAGACUUCCAUCAACCUGUCUGAUAAUUCUCCGUUUUUCUGUUCUCAAAGGGAAUGCUGAAGUCUGCCAUUAGGAUUUCCUUGCCUUAGAAUGCGUGUAGGUUUAGGACUAGGUUUAGGUAUAGAGUUAGAUCAGUGUGGAUUAGGGACUGGAUAAAACUGGAAAAGGAAGAAGCAUUAGAUUUGGACGGUCACGAUACCAGAUUUGGAUGGCAUGCAUACUUAUGGUACGGGAAAGGGGAAGUGCACAAAGGAUUUUACAAUCAUAUACGCAGGAGAUCACUAAUGAGGGUGUGGGAGAGAUAGAAGGAUCUAAUAGAAGAAAAAACACCCUGGUGGUUAUCUCCAGCUGAAGCUUCGUUACUCAAACCGCUUGGCAAAAAGGGGAAUUGGUCUAGAUAUAGAGAUUUGCUGAAGGAUGGAAGAAUGAGGAAAUCCCAACGAAGAACCGUGGCAAGAAAAAUGGAAGAGCUAUGCAGAGUUGUCUAAAUUGACAUACGUACAAACUACAUGAUAAGGACAACUGUUACUUCAAGGAAGAAUGGGAACUUUUUACAAACUAAAAAACCCCACAAAAUGAAUUGGACUCCUUGACAGGUUUUGAACAAACAUCCACAAAUUUAUUAGUAGAAGAUAUGAGAGAUAAGCCAAUGAUAUGUACAGUUUUUAACAUGCAGAGAAUAACAUGUGCAGAGAAAUCAGAGAGAGGAGCUGAGGGAAGUCCGGGGGGGGGGGAGGGAUUGAAGGGGAGUGGGGAAAAAUGGGAGAGAAAUAAUGUAUGUGAUUAAAUGGAUUGAUAAUUUGGUAUGUUGAAAUUGUUUAAUAAAAAUAUUUUUUUUUGAAAAAAGGUUUAGGUUUAGAGUUAGAUUCAAGUUUAACUUUAAAGUUAGGAUUACAGUUAGGGCUAGGGCUAAAUGUAGGGAGAGGGUGAGGGUGAGGGUUAGGAUUAGGAUUACGAUGGGGGUUGGUGUUGGGGUGAGAGGGUGGGGUGGGGUUUGGGGUGCUGCCAUCUGGGGGGGAGACCUUGCCUCCCCUUGUUCCUAGCAGGCAGGCACCCCCCGACUUCCCAUUGCAAGAUUCUGCUGGGAUCCCAUUAUGUGCUGUAUCAGAUAUUAUUAUAAUAAGAGAGAAGAUCAGAGCAACAUAAAACAAUAACAUUGCGGGUCAAAGAGGAUGGAUCAGAGACAAGUACAAGAGCUGCUGACCAAAAUGACGGAGGCACAAUCUGGUGUUACUGUCCGCGUCUUGAAUAAAUCCUUCGGCUUUCACUGUAAACGUGGCUUUUCUAUCGAGUACGGUCUCUGUUGAAGAAAUCCUUCAGUUUUCAAUUUUUAAAGGCUGUUGUUGUAACGAGUCCAGUCGUGGUUGACUCACUGGAAGCCCAGCUUCUGUUUUGAGUUUUCAACUUUUCUCAUGUCGCUGUUCUUGUAAAUGGUCCUUGUUCUUGUAAAUGGUCCACGUGGAAUAACCCCAAGUGGCCACUGGGUGUCACUGUAGCGCUGCUUCAGAAAACAGUCCUUGUUCUGGCAUUUACAUGAAAACCAAUAGAAUUAUUUGGACAAAAGAAAUGCUGUUUUGAAGAGGAGGUGCUGGUCCUAAUUUCUGUGCCUUCCUGUGCUAAUUCCUUUGCCUCCCUCAAAAAAAUGAGCUAUAAUGACCUGUUUCAUAGAAUAAUGUAGAACUUGUUUUAGAAAAUUGUAUGUGUGUGUUUUAUGGUGAAACAAACCAUUUAAAAACAACAGCAGCUGUUUUUCAUGUUUUUAUUCAGCCUUUAAGCUUUUAGCAAUAGAUUAAUCAACUAAAGUUUUAUUAUAUUCAUUUUAUUUAUUUUAUUUUAUUAUUCAUUUUAUCUUAUCUUAUGUUACUUAAGUUAGUACCACCAGCAAAUCAUUUUCAUGUAAUUUUACUUCAAUAAAGUAUAUAAUUUUAGCAAUAGAUUAAUCAACAAAAGUUUUAUCAUAUUCAUUUUAUUUAUUUUAUUAUUCAUUUUAUUUAACAUUGCGGGUCAAAAUGACGGAGGCACAAUCUGGUGUUAUUGUCUGCGUCUUGAAUAAAUCCUUCGGCUUUCACUGUAAACGUGGCUUUUCUAUCGAGUACGGUCUCUGUUGAAAAAAUCCUUCAGUUUUCAAUUUUUAAAGGCUGUUGUUGUAACGAGUACAUCGUCGUUGACUCACCGGAAACCCAGCUUCCGUUUUGAGUUUUCAACUUUUCCCAUGUCGCGACUAAACAACAACAACAAUGUAUUUAGCAUUAACUCUGGCAGUGUCUGCUUGAUUCUGACCCAACUCAGCCUGAUGUACACAUUUUGCUCUAGGAGGCUUAGUUUGCUCACAAUUGAGUCUCCACUUCCAGAGUUAAUGUGAAAUACAUUCCUUCUGGUAAAAGAGCCACCGUAGCUGCUAGAGGGCUGUGAAAAUGGGCGGCCCAGGCUACUUAGACUCGCCUGUGCAUGUACUCACCAAAGGGGUGCAUUGGUUGCCAGCCGUGAAAUCCCCUGGCAUUAUAUUCAACACUCUUUGAGUUUUCAACUUUCCCCAUGUCGCUCUUCUUGUAAAUGGUCCACGUGGAAUAACCCCAAGAGGCCACCGGGGUCACUGUAGCGCUGCUUCAGAAAACAAUCCUUGUUGUUCUGGCAUUUACAUGAAAACCAAUAGAAUUAUUUGGACAAGAAAUGCUGUUUAGAAGAGGAGGCGCUGGUCUAAAUUUCUGUGGCUUCGUGUGUCAUGGCUAAAAGUUGGCCGCUCUUUCUUUAAUGCUUAAAAAGCCGCCUGAACCGGGUAGUAUAUAUAGAGUGAGAAAUGUUAGUUUGGUGUUGGGCUGGUUGGUUGGUUGGUUAGUGAAAGCUGGUAGUGUGGAUGUGUGUACAGUUGGUCAGUCGCUUUUGCAGAAAGGCUUUUAAGAAGAAAAGCAGAAAGGACUCUGCAAGGAUACUUUUCUCGCGGACUCUUUUAUGCCGACAAGGGUCUGAGGGUUGUUGUUGUUUUACAAACCCUGACAUCGUGUGCCAAUUCCUCUGCCUCCCUCCAAAAAAUAAACUAAAAUGACCUGUUUCAUAGAAUAAUGUAGAACUUGAUUUAGAAGAUUGUAAGUGUGUGUUUUAAGGGUGAAACAAGCCCUUUAAAAACAACAGCUGCUGUUUUUCAUGUUUUCCUUCAGCCUUUAAGCUUUUAGCAAUAGAUUAAUCAACUAACGUUUUAUUAUAUUCAUAUUAUUUAUUUUAUUUUAUUUUACUAUUCAUUUUAUUUUAUCUUAUUUUAUUUAAGUAAGUACCACCGGCACAUCCUUUUCAUGUAAUUUUAUUUCAAUAAAGUACAUGCUAUAGAUUUCAGAUCUGUCUUCCAAUUCCUUUCCAGUCUAUCAUUUGUAAGGGGGUUUGCCAGGUGGUUGUGGGAGGGAGAGAUUUUUUUGUGCCCCCACUUUCAACUGAGUUCCAGACCGGGCCCCGGCAGGCUGAUAUUGUGUCCCACAUCUUUUGCCCAUUUUAUCAUAACAGAUUUGACCUGUUUCUCUUUGGUGUCCCAUUCCAGGAGCAGAUUAUACAUUUUUGACAAUAAUUUAGUAUUAUCUUCUCAUAUCUCUCUUUGAAAUCUUGAUGCUUCAUGACUAAAUCCUUUCUUUUUGUCACUUUUAAAAGUUUCAUUUAGCUGAAAAUAUUGAAACCAGUCUGUAACCUUUUCUCUAACUUCUUCAAACUCCUUUAAUUUUUAUAAUAUUCUGCUGUUAGGCCACGGGGUCCUGGUGAUUUUCCUACCUUUGCUUGUUUAAUUGCGUCCCAAACGUGCAGAGCUUAUCUUCUUGGCUUCCUUGGGCUGUUUUUCUGUUCUCUUUUUCAUUAUAUUUUUUUAUUAAUUUUCCAAUAAACAUAAAUACACAAUAAAACAUCAAAUUCUCAUCACCUGUCCUAUUUUCAUUUAGACUUCCAUCUCAACCUGUCUGAUAAUUCUCCGUUUUUCUGUUCUCAAAGGGAAUGCUGAAGUCUGCCAUUAGGAUUUCCUUGCCUUGGAAUGUGUGUAGGUUUAGGGCUAGGUUUAGGUAUAGAGUUAGAUUAGGGACUGGAUAAAACUGGAAAAGGAAGAAGCAUUAGGCAUUUCGGACAGUGAGAAUAUUUUAGAGCGGCUGUUUUGAAUUGUUUUGGAAGGUGCGCAUUUGAGAAACGUAGCUUGAAAGGGGACUGAACUGGAUUCUUCCUGCCUCCUUGGGGGCGAGUCAUUGGCCGUGCGAGGGCUCCUGCGAGACGAAGGGGAACAGCGCCAGGUUCCUGCAGUGCUGAAAGGAGAGAGAAAACAUCACAUUUUAGUGAAGCGGGUGUGUGGUUGGGAGGGACAUUUUCUGGGACUUCCCAACACCAUGGCCUCUACAGCUCACUUGGUGGCAGGUUUCAGGUGCUUCCAUCUGUCUUUUGGUGCCAGCAAUAUUUCCGCCCAGAGGAAAAAGCAGCGCCAUUCCUGGAGACCCUGCAACCCCAGGCCGAUGUGGGGGUGGAAAGGUCAUGAGUUGGGCAGACUAUCUGCCCACACCACAAGCUCCGUAGUGGGGGAGGAGAGCUGGGCUGGGGGGGGGAUGAACACCUGGCAAUUCAUGCACCUCUUUGGUUGCAGAUAGUACACGGGUAUAUCUGCCUAAAAAGUCUGGGACACAAUUUAUUUCACCCUCUAGCAGCUAUGGCAGCUCAUUUACCAGAAGUCAUGUAUUUAGCAUUAACUCUGGAGUGUAGGCUUGAUUCUGACCCAACUCAGCCUGAUGUACACAUUUUGCUCUAGGAGGCUUAGUUUGGUCACAAUUGAGCGUCCACUUCCAGGGUUAAUGUGAAAUACAUUCUGUUAAGUUGUGGGUGAACAUAUCAGACGACACAGCGAUUCUUGAAACAGCUCUUGUUUAUUCACAGGCCAGAACAGAACUGAACUGAAGGGUUGUCAGUCUGCUUAUAUAGAGCUCCAGUACACAUAAUUGUAACAACUUUCUAAAACUAUCCAAUCACUGAAUGUCACUUUCGAUCCCUUAUUUGCAUAACUAUCUACAGUGUCCCCCUGCUGGCCCAGGGUGAGAACUUCAGUACAUAACACCCCUCCCCACCGAGAUACGGGGUUAGUUACAAUCGUAAUGGUUUCCUUAUAUACAGCACUACACAUAAUGGUUCAAUUAGGCACAAAAGCAUAUUGGUUACAUUUCACAUACUUCCAUUAGGCCAACAGUAUUAAAUGUCCAACAACAUAGUCCUUUAAAUAAGUUGGGCGCUUGGAAACUGCCAGACUGCCGGGGAGUGGUAUCCAGGUCCGGCGGGCUGCCCGAUUCUUGCUGAGGCUGUGGCGCGACCCUAGGUGGCGUUGAAACCAAGUCCCCUGGAUCCGCUGCUGUGGGUGGAACAUCCGUAAGUGGAGGUGGCGGAAUGUCAGGCACGGCAGUGGUCUGAUUCUGUGGGAAGUCCGGCAGACCCUCUGAAGUGGCUUGGUUCAGCUCCACGCCUGCAGUUUGUGAGAGAGGUGUAGGUGGAGCCUCGCCAUCUGUAAGCGUCUGUUCCGGAGCCAUGAGCGCAGUUGGGGGCACUGCAGUAGUGUCCAAGUCCCCAACCCUGCGCCUAAGCUGGUCUAUGUGCCGGCGCCACAAACAUCCGUCUUCGAGUGCCACCUGGUAUGAGCGAGGUCCAGUGACUCCCACUACUGUGGCGGGCACCCAAGGAAUGUCCCCCACAAAGUUCCAGGCAAAGACCUGGUUUCCUGGAACAAAUGACCGUGGCGCAUUGGCACAGCCUGGGGGUUCGGCCACGGCAAAGUCUGGGUGCAGCCGGUCGAGCGGAGACCUGAGGCGGUGGCCCAUAAGCAGUUCGGCAGGACUCCGCCCUGUGGCCACAUGAGGGGUGAUGUGUUGCACGAACAAGUAUUCAGCAACCCGCUCAUGCCAGUCUCCCUGGUCCAGGCGCGCCAGUGCCUCUUUUGCCGAGCGCACCAUUCUCUCCGCUUGCCCAUUGCUGGAUGGAAGAAAUGGUGCCGUUAGGGCAUGGCGGAUGCCCAGUCCCAAAAGGUAUUGCUCAAAAGUGUCUGACGUGAACUGUGGUCCGUUGUCGGAGACAAGGACAUCAGGACACCCAUGCGUCGCACAGAGGCCUCGCAGCACCCGGAUGACGGCCUCGGUAGUGGUGGAGGGCAUCAGGGCCACCUCCAGCCAUUUGGAAUAGGCGUCCACCACUACCAUAAAGGUCCGGCCGUGAAAGGGGCCAGCCAGAUCGAUGUGCACCCUCGACCAGGGUGUCUUGGGCGUCUCCCAGGUGUGUCCCUUAGCUGCCGGUGGUGCAGGCCUCGAUUCUUGGCACGCUUGACAGGCGGACACCCAGGCAGUGAUGGCAUCGUCCAUGUUAGGCCACCAGACGUAACACCGAGCCAACGCCUUCAUUUUGACGAUUCCCGGGUGGCCAACGUGCAGAGCUUCAAGGAUGCGUUGACGGAGUCUUUGGGGAAUCACGACGCGGUCUCCCCACAGCAGACAGCCGCGAUGAGCCGAGAGUUCAUGUUGUCUGGUUGCCAAUGGCUGGAACUCCGACGCAAAAGGCCCUUGUGGCCACCCCCUCCACACCCAGUUGAGCACACGGCUGAUGGUGCGAUCCUGGGCAGAUGCAGAGGCCACAGUGGCAGCCGAUACAGGCGCUGCCAGAAGAUCCUCAAUCAGGAGGAGCCGGGUCUUCCACAAACGCUGGAAGAGGGCAACGGCUGAGGGUGUCGGCAUGGCCCAUCGAUUUCCCUGGGCGAUGGACGAGCCGGUAGUGGUAGGUAGCCAGGAAAACAGUCCAUCACAGCAUGCGUGGCGAGAGGACCAGUGGAGUUGGUCGAUCACCGGCGAGGAGGCCCAGGAGCGGCUUGUGGUCGGUGAUGAGGUUGAAAGUCCUGCCGUAGAGGUAUUAAUGGAACCUCUUCACUCCAGCCACAAGUGCCAGUGCCUCCUUGUCGAGCUGGCUGUAAUUCCGUUCAGUCAGAGAUAGCGUCCUGGAAAAGUAGGCGAGUGGUGCUUCUCUUCCGUCUGGAAAACGGUGACUAAGGACAGCGCUGAUGCCAAAAGGUGAGGCAUCGCAGGCAAGGACCAGCAGCCUGGCUUCACUGUACUGUACCAGCACACUGUCUGAUGAAAGGAGAGCCUUGACUGCGUUGAAGGCCGCCGUCUCCCGAUGACCCCAGGACCAAGGCAUCUUCGUGCUGAGGAGUCGGUAAAGAGGCUCAGCCACCGUGGCUUUGUGGGGCAGGAACAUGUUGUAAAAGUUCAGCAGUCCCAGGAACGCCUGCAACUCCAUCUUGUUCUUUGGGAUGGGGGCCUGAUGGAUAGUGCAGAUCUUGGAUGUGGUUGGGUGAAGGCCGGAGGCGUCGAUAAGAUAGCCCAGGAACUCCACCUGUGGAACGGCAAUCUGGCACUUCUCCCUCUUUACCUUGAGCCCGGCCUCCUGGAAUCUGGUCAGCACAGCAGGGAGGCGCUCGAACAGCUGCUGUUGUGAGUCUGCGGAUACCAAGACAUCGUCAAAGUAUGGUACCAUGCCCAGAAGCCCUUGCAGGAGAUGCUCCAUAAGGCUUUGGAAGAUGCCAGGAGCUACACUCACUCCGAACUGCAAACAGCAGCAACGGAAUGCCCCUCAGUGGGUGACGAUCGUCUGGGCUUCAGCGGUGGCAUCAUCGACGGCAGUUGUUGAUAGGCUUGGGCAAGGUUCAACUUAGCAAAGACCUUACCCUCACCCAGGGAAUGCAGCAGGUGUUGAACAACAGGAACCGGGUAGGCGUGCUGCUGAAGUGCCUUGUUGAUCAUGCGCUUGAAGUCGGUGAAGAUUCUCACUGACCCGUCCGGCUUGACAGGCGUGACGAUGGGGGUUUCCCACUUGGUGUGGUCAACCGGUUCCAAAACUCCUUGGGCGAUCAGCUUGUCCAGUUGUUCGUCUACCUUAGCCUUGAGAGCAAAGGGAACCCGGCGUGGCUUUAGCUUGAUGGGGGAAACUUGUGGAUCAAGGCUAAAGGAGAUGGGUGUACCUGUAUAUUGCCCCAAAGUGCCGUCAAAAACCUUGGCAAAGUCUUUGACCAGACCCUCAGUCUCUGCGUUAGAGAUGCAGUUGAUGCCGGUGACUUCCAGGCCGAGGGCAUCAAACCAGUCUAGCCCUAGGAGGCUUGGCCGCUGACCUUCUACCACCACCAGUCGGAGCAGGCCCGAAAAAUCCUUGAAGGCGAUCCAGAACCGGCCAACGCCUACCACCGGAAUGUUGUUUCCCUGGUAGUGUCUCAGGUGUAUGCGGUGAGAGUCAAGUUGCCUUUAAGACACUCUGGGUACCAGUCUUUUGAUGGUGCUCAAUGGACACAAUGGACAGGGCAGACACGGUGUCGAUCUCCAUGUCACAUGGAGCUCCUUAAAUGAGCACCAUGACGUUCAGCUUGCGUCGCGUAGUUGAGUCGGUUUGGCCAAUCGUGGUUCCAGAUGGGCAGCGGCAGUUGGUGAGAGCGAAACAGUUUUCCUUGGUGGACUGGAGUGAAGACUUGGACUUGUGAGUGGUGAAGGGGGGUGCCGGACGGAGCCGAUUGGCAGACCUUAGCGACGUGGCCCCUUCUGGAACACUUCCUACAGAUGGCGUCUCUGAAUUGACACUUGGCACGGGAAUGGUUGCCUCCGCAGCCGGCACAUUCCGAUUGGCCCUUGGACUUCUUUUGGAACUUCCUGCGCUCCCGCUUUGUCUGGUGCACGUCAUCAUCUUCACUGGAGGAUGCCUCAUCACUGCUGGCCUCUUCAUGAUGCACUGGAACUGGCUUCCUAGCAAGACGCGGGCUGCUGGCCUUGCGGAUCUCCUGGGCGGAGCGUUCAGCAGCUUCCGAGGCCACGGCCUCCUCAAUGGCUUUCUGCAGCGUGAGGUCUGGCUUGGCGAGGAGACGCAGUUGCAGAUGGAUGUCCCAGACCCUGCAGACGAUUCAAUCCAUCAGGGCAUCGUCUAAGUCUCGGAACUCGCAGUGCAUUGCAGCCUGUCUCAGGGCAGCUGUGUAGUUGUUAAUUGACUCCCCCUCUGCCUGGUUCCGGUGGUAGAACGCAUGGCGGGCAGCAAUCUAGGACGGCUUUGGUGUGUAGUGGUUGCAGAGCUUCUCUUGAAUCGUGUCCCACGGUGCUGCCUGGACUGCUUCAGGUGCAAGCAAUGCUCAGGCCGUCUCAAACACCUCAGGCCCACAGAGGCUGAGGAAUAGACUCCGCUUCCGCUCCUGUGAUACUGCUGUCAGCUCGUUGGCUUGGAGGUAGCAGUCGAACCAAGCGAGGUAGGAGUCCCAUGAUUCAGAGGCUGGCGCAAACGGCGGUAGAGGCACAAGUGAAGCCAUGUUUCCAAUGCUGGCGUGGAGGGCGAUGGAUGGAACACAGUGCUCUAGCCAGAACAGUCAGCUCUGAAUUGGUUCUGUUCAGUGAUUUCGCUCAUUGAUUCAGCUCAGUUCAGAGGGUGGCCGCAUCUGGCUGUUAUUCUAACUAGUCUGGUCGUGGUUGACUCUCCAGAAACCCGGUCUCCAUUGAAGAAAUCCUUCAGUUUUCACCAACUAAGUUUGUUAGUGGUAUGAGCUUUCUUGUGCACGCACACUUCUUCAGAUACACUGAAACAGAAGUCUCCGGACCCUUCUAUAUAUAGUGAGAGGAUGGGGCGGGGUAUUCCUCAGAAGAGAUGUGGGAAUGGAUGAUUGACUGUUUAGAAGGGGAGGUGCUGGUCCUAUUUUCUGUGGCUUCCUGUGCCAAUUCCUCUGCCUCCCUCAAAAAAAUAAACUAAAAUGACCUGUUCCAUAGAAUAAUGUAUCUAUUCUACCAAGCGAGGCAGGAGUCCCAUGAUUCAGAGGCUGGCGCAAAUGGCGGUAGAGGCACAAGUGAAGCCAUGAUUCCAAUGCUGGCGUGGAGGGUGAUGGAUGGAACACAGUGCUCUAGCGAAAACAGUCAGCUCUGAAUUUGUUCUGUUCAGUGAUUUCGCUCAGUGAUUCAGCUCAGUGAUUCAGCUCAGUUCAGAGGGUGGCCGCAUCUGGCUGUGCUCUGUUGUCCAUCGAUCCCAUCCUUGUCGCCAGUGUUAAGUUGUGGAUGAACAUAUCAGAUGACACAGUGAUUCUUCAACAGCUCUUGUUUAUUCACAGGCCAGGACAGAACUGAACUGAAGGGUUCAGUCAGCCUGCUUAUAUAGAGCUCCAGUACACAUAAUUGUAACAACUUUCUAAAACUAUCCAAUCACUGAACGUCACUUUUGAUCCCUUAUUUGCAUAACUAUCUACAGUAUCCCCCUGCUGCCCAGGGUGAGAACUUCAGUACAUAACACAUUCCUUCUGGUAAAAGAGACACUGUAGCUGCUAGAGGGCUGUGAAAAUUGGCGUCCCAGGCUUGUUAGACUCGCCUUCGCAUGUACUAUCUGAAACCAAAGGGGUGCAUUGGUUGCCAGAUGUGAAAUCCCCUGGCAUUAUAUUCAGCACUCUUUCUUAGGGUGUGGUUAUUUCAGAGAAGAAGCCAGGCCAAAAAGGGAUGCUUAACAGAGAAGUAUCUUUAUUGUCAAAGCACAGUCGAGAACAGGAGCAUGAGUCACUUCCCCAGUUGGGCACAGGGCCAUCUCUAGUGGAAACGGCAGCAUAUCGGCAAUGUGGACAUCACAGUCGGGGUCUCAGCCUCUUUCCCUUAGUGCAUCUGCCGGCAAAGGACUUUUGCAGAGCUGGUCGUCUUUUUUAUAAUAUAUUUUUAUUUGGUUUUCAACAAACAUAAGAUAAAUGAUAAAACAAAAGCAAAAAAAGAAAAAACAUUUACACAAAAACAAUAUCAAAUCUGUAAAAUGGGGUUAUCUGAAUGCCUGGACUUCCCUCCACAGCCUCCCUGGGUCCCAACAAUUUUCUUUUCAGCUGCAUAUCAUUACUACUCCAAAAUUUCUUUUCCUAAGUUAUUUCUACAAUCUCUAAAACUACAAGAGUUCUUAAAAUCCUGCCAAUGUUUCAAUCUGCUUACAAUACUUUUGUAAACACAUAACGAACAUUUUCCAUUCUGCUUUAAACGUCUUGUCAUCUUGACUUCUGAGCUUCCCAGUUGAUUAUGCCAUUUCAGGAUAGUCCAUUAACUUGGUCUGCCAGUCUUCUUUGGUUAGAACUGUUUCUUCUUCCCAUCUUUGGGCUAACAAUAUCCGGGCAGCCGUCGUACAUAAACAAAUUUCUCUGAUCUUUGAUAUCUCUUUACCUACAAUUCCUAGUAAAAAAGCUUCUGAUUUUUAGUAAAAGUUGCUUUAAACAUUUUUUUCAUUUCAUUGUAAAUCAUUUCCCAGAAUUUAUUUACCACCUUAUAUUUCCACCACAUAUGAUAAAAAGUACCUUCUGUUUCUUUACAUUUCCAACAAUUAUUUGUUCUUGUUCUGUACAUUUUUGCUAAUUUAACCGGGGUUAAGUACCACGACACAUCAUUUUCAUGUAAUAUUAUUUCAAUAAAGUACAUGCUGUAAAUUUCACAUCUGUCUUCCAAAGCCUUUCCCAGUCUAUCAUUUGUAAUGGGGUUUGCCAGGUGGUUGUGGGAGGGAGAGAUUUUUUUGUGCCCCCACUUUCACCUGAGUUUCAGACCGGGCCCCGGCAGGUCUGAUAUUGUGUCCCACAUCUUUUGCCCAUUUUAUCAUAACAGAUUUGACCUGUUCCUCUUUGGUGUCCCAUUCCAGGAGCAGAUUAUACAUUUCUGACAAUAAUUUAGUAUUAUCUUCUAAUAUCUCUCUCUGACAUCUUGAUGCUUCAUGACUUGGGCUGUCUUUCUGUUCUCAAAGGGAAUGCUGAAAUCUGCCACUAGGAUUUCCUUGUGUUAGAAUGUGUGUAGGUUUAGGGCUAGGUAUGGGUUUAGGUAUAGCAUUAGAUUAAUCUGAGGAUUACAGUUUGUACAGAUUAAUUUGAGGAUUACAGUUUGUUCUCGGGCUAAAUCUAGAGUUAUUGUGGGGUUUAGGGUGAGAGUGGGGGUUGGGGUAAGUGUUAAGGUUGGGAUAAGGGUUAGUGUUAGUGUUAGUGUUAGUGUUGGGGAUAGAGUUAGGGUUCGGGAUAGGGUUAGGGUUGGGGCUUGGGCUUGGGCUAAGGCUUGGGCUAAGGCUCCGUCUAAGGCUCGGGCUAAGGCUUGGGCUAAGGCUCCGGCUAAGGCUUCGGCUAAGGCUUGGGCUAAGGCUCCGUCUAAGGCUCGGGCUAAGGCUUGGGCUAAGGCUUCGGCUAAGGCUCCGGCUAAGGCUUGGGCUAAGGCUUGAGCUAAGGCUUGGGCUAAGGCUUGGGCUAAGGCUUGAGCUAAGGCUUGGGCUAAGGCUCGGGCUAAGGCUUGAGCUAAGGCUUGAGCUCGGGCUAAGGCUUGGGCUAACGCUCGGGCUAAGGCUUGGGCUAGGGCUAGGGCUAGGGCUAGGGCUAGGGCUAGGGCUAGGGCUAGGGCUAGGGCUAGGGCUAGGGCUAGGGCUAGGGCUAGGGCUAGGGCUAGGGCUAGGGCUAGGGCUAGGGCAAGGGCUAGGGCUAGGGCUAGGGCUAGGGCUAGGGCUAGGGCUAGGGCAAGGGCUAGGGCAAGGGCAAGGGCUAGGGCUAGGGCUAGGGCUAGGGCUAGGGCAAGGGCUAGGGCUAGGGCUAGGGCUAGGGCUAGGGCUAGGGCUAGGGCUAGGGCUAGGGCUAGGGCUAGGGCUAGGGCUAGGGCUAGGGCUAGGGCUAGGGCUAGGGCUAGGGUUAGGGCUAGGGCUUGGGCUAGGUCUAAGUUUAGGGUUAGGAUGGCGGUUAGUGUGAGGAUUGGGGUUGGGGUGCUGGCAUCUGGAAGGGAGACGUUGCCUCCCCUUGUUCCUAGCAGCAAGGCAUCCUCCGACUUCCCAUUGCAAGGUUCUGCAGGCAUCCCAAUAUGUGGUGUAUCAGAUAGUAUAAUAAGAGAGAAGAUCAGAGCAACAUAAAACAAUAACAUUGCGGGUCAAAGAGGAUGGAUCAGAGACAAGUACAAGAGCCGCUGACCAAAAUGACGGAGGCACAAUAUGGUGUUGCUGUCUGCGUCUCGAUGAAAUCCUUUGGUUUCAACUCUAAACGCGGCUUUUGUAUCGAGUUCGGUUUCUGUUGAAGAAAUCCUUCAGUUUCCAAUUUUUAAAGGCGGUUGUUCUAACUAGUCUGGUCGUGGUUGACUCACCAGAAACCCGAUCUCCGUUCAAGAAAUCCUUCAGUUAUCACUUUAAAUAUGUGGUUGUUGUAAUAUUUACGGUCUCCGUUGAAGAAAUCCUUUGGUUUUCACUGUAAACACAGCUUUUGUAUCGCGUUCGGGUUCUGUUGAAUAAAUCCUUCAGUUUCCACCCCGUUGAAGAAAUCCUUCAGUUUCCAAUUUUUAAAGGCAGUUGUUCUAACUAGUCUGGUCGUGGUUGAAUCUCCAGAAACCUGGUCUCGUUUGAAAAAAUCCUUCCGUUUUCACCCCGUUGAAGAAAUCCUUCAGUUUCCAAUUUUUAAAGGCAGUUGUUCUAACUAGUCUGGUCGUGGUUGAAUCUCCAGAAACCUGGUCUCGUUUGAAAAAAUCCUUCCGUUUUCACCCCGUUGAAGAAAUCCUUCAGUUUCCAAUUUUUAAAGGCAGUUGUUCUAACUAGUCUGGUCGUGGUUGAAUCUCCAGAAACCCGGUCUCGUUUGAAAAAAUCCUUCCGUUUUCACCCCGUUGAAGAAAUCCUUCAGUUUCCAAUUUUUAAAGGCAGUUGUUCUAACUAGUCUGGUCGUGGUUGAAUCUCCAGAAACCCGGUCUCGUUUGAAAAAAUCCUUCCGUUUUCACCCCGUUGAAGAACUCGUCCAGUCUCCAAUUUUUAAAGGCAGUUGUUCUAACUAGUCUGGUCGUGGUUGAAUCUCCAGAAACCCGGUCUCGUUUGAAAAAAUCCUUCCGUUUUCACCCCGUUGAAGAAAUCCUUCAGUUUCCAAUUUUUAAAGGCAGUUGUUCUAACUAGUCUGGUCGUGGUUGAAUCUCCAGAAACCCGGUCUCGUUUGAAAAAAUCCUUCAGUUUUCACCCGUUGAAGAAAUCCUUCAGUUUCCAAUUUUUAAAGGCAGUUGUUCUAACUAGUCUGGUCGUGGUUGAAUCUCCAGAAACCCGGUCUCGUUUGAAAAAAUCCUUCAGUUUUCACCAACUAAGUUUGUUAGUGGUAUGAGCUUUCUUGUGCACGCACACUUCUUCAGAUACACUGAAAGAGAAGUCACCAGACCCUUCUAUAUAUAGGGAGAGGAUGGGGCGGGGUAUUCCUCAGAAGAGAUGUGGGAAUGGAUGAUUGGCUGUUUAGAAGGGGAGGUGCUGGUCCCAUUUUCUGUGGCUUCCUGUGCCACGUCCUCUGCCCCCUCAAAAAAUAAACUAAAAUGACCUGUUCCAUAGAAUAAUGUAUCUAUUCUAUUCUAUUCCAUUCUAUUCUAUUCUAUUCCUAUUUAAUUUUAAUCUAUUCUCUUCUCUUCUCUUCUCUAUUAUAUUUUGUUCUCUUUUAUUCUAUUCUAUUCAAUUCAAGUUUAAUCUAUUCUAUUCUAUUCUAUUCUAUUCUAUUUGGUUCUAUUUUAUUCUAUUUUAUUCUUUUCUCUUCUAUUUUGUUCUAUUUUAUUUUAUUCUAUUUAAUUUUAAUCUAUUCUAUUCUAUUUUGUUCUCUUUUAUUCUAUUUUGUUAUCUUUUGUUCUCUUUUUUUCUAUUUAAUUUUAAUUUAUUCUAUUCUAUUUUGUUCUCUUUUAUUCUACUCUAUUUAAUUUUAAUCUUUUCUAUUUGGUCUAUUUUAUUCUCUUCUCUUCUAUUUUGUUCUAUCCUAUAAUUUAAUUAUUUUAAUUCUAUUCUAUUCCAUUCUAUGUUGUUAUGUUAUGUUAUGUUAUGUUAUGUUAUGUUAUGUUAUGUUAUGUUAUGUUAUGUUAUGUUAUUCUCUUCCUAUUUUAUUUAAUUUUAAUCAAUUUUAUUCUAUUACUUUCUAUUAUAUAAUUUUAUUUUAUUCUAUUAUAUUCCAUUCCAUUUUAUGUUAUUUUAUGUUAUGUUAUUUUAUUUUAUUCUAUUAUAUCCUUUCCUAUCCUAUCCUAUUCUGUUCCUAUUCUAUUUAAUUUUAAUCUGCUCUAUUCUAUUCUAUUCUAUUCUUUAAUUUUAUUUUAUUUAAAUCUAUUCUAUUCUAUUCCAUUCUAUUUUAUGUUAUUCUCUUCUCUUCUCUUCUCUUCCAUUUUGUUCUAUUUUAUUUAAUUCUCUUUAAUUCUACUCAGUUCUGUUUUGUUAUCGUUAUUCUAUUUUGUUAUCAUUUGUUCUAUUCAAUUCAAUUUAAUUUUAAUCUAUUCUAUUUUGUUCUCUUCUAUUCGGUUCUAUUUUACCUAUUGUGUUCACGUUUAUUCUAUUUUAGUCUAGUCUAUUCUAUUUUGUUCUCUUUUAUUCUAUUCUAUUUUAAUCUAUUCUACCGUAUUUUAUUCUAGUCUAUUUGGUUCUAUUUUAUUCUCUUCUCUUUUAUUUUGUUCUAUUUUGUUCUAUUUUAUUCUAUUUUGUUAUCUUUUGUUCUAUUCUAUUCUAUUUAAUUUUAAUCUGUUCUAUUCUAUUUUAUCCUAUUCUAUUCCUAAUCUAUUUUAUUUUUCUCUCCUAUUUUGUUCUCUUUUAUUCUAUUCUAUUUAAUUUUUAUCUAUUCUAUUGUAUUCUGUUCUAGUCUAUUUUAUUCUCUUCUAUUUUGUUCUAUUUUAUUCUAUUUUCUUCUCUUUAUUCUAUUCUAUUCUCUUUAAUUUUAAUCUAUUCUAUUCUACUCUACUCUACUCUACUCUACUCUAUUCUGUUCUUUAAUUAUAUUUACUUCUAUUCAAUUCUAUUUUAUGCUAUCCUAUCCUAUCCUAUCCUAUCCUAUCCUAUAAUUUAAUUCAAUUUAAUUUAAUUCUAUCCAAUUUUAUCCUAUCCUAUCCUAUUCUAUAAUUUAAUUUAAUUUAAUUUAAUUUAAUUUAAUUUAAUUCUAUUCUAUUCUAUUCUAUUUCAUGUUAUUCUAUUCUCUUAUAUUCUAUUCUAUUUAAUUUCAAUCUAUUCUAUUCUAUCCUAUUUUAUUCUCUUUUAUUUUAUUCUAAUUUUAAUCUGUUUCAUUUCACUUGAUUCUAUUAUUCAAUUUAAUUUAAUUUAAUUUAAUUUAAUUUAAUUUAAUUUAAUUUAAUUUAAUUUAAUUUAAAUUCUAUUCUAUUCUAUUCUAUUCUAUUCUAUUCUAUUCUAUUCUAUAAUUUACCGGUAAUUUAAUUUAAUUCUAUUCUUUUCUAUUCCAUUCUAUUUUAUGUUAUUCUCUUUUCUUCUCUUCUAUUCGGUUCUAUUUUAUUCUAUUUUGUUCACUUUUAUUGUAUUCUAUUCUAUUUUAAUCUAGUCUAUUCUAUUUUGUUAUCUUUUGUUCUAUUCUAUUCUAUUUAAUUUUAAUCUGUUCUAUUCUAUUUUGUUCUCUUUUAUUCUGUUCUAUUUAAUUUUUAUCUAUUCUAUUCUGUUCUGUUCUAUCCUGUUUUAUUCUGUUCUAUUUUGUUCUCUUCCAUUCUAUUUUGUUCUCUUUUAUUCUAUUCUAUAUAAUUUUAAUCUAUUCUAUUCUACUCUAUUCUGUUCUUUAAUUUAAUUUAAUUCUAUUCUAUUCUAUUCAAUUCUAUUUUAUCCUAUCCUAUCCUAUUAUUUAAUUUAAUUUAAUUUAAUUCUAUUCUAUUCUAUCCAUUUUUUUGCUAUCCUAUCCUAUCCUAUAAUUUAAUUUAAUUUAAUUUAAUUCUAUUCUAUUCUAUCCUAUUCUCUUUUAUUUUAUUCUAAUUUAAUCUGUUUUAUUUUACUUGAUUCUAUUAUUCUAUUUAAUUUAAUUUAAUUUAAAUUCUAUUCUAUUCUAUUUAAUUUUAAUCUAUUAUGUUCUAUUUUACCCUAUCCUAUCCUAUUUUGUAAUAUUUUAUUCUGUUUCACUUUCUUUUUAUUCUAUUAUAAUUUUAACCUAUUCUAUUCUAUAAUUUACCGGUAAUUUAAUUUAAUUUAAUUCUAUUCUUUUCCAUUCUAUUUUAUGUUAUUCUCUUCUCUUCUCUUAUAUUUUGUUCUAUUUUAUUUUAUUUUAUUUUAUUUUUUUUAUUUGGUUCUAUUCUAUUUUGUUAUCGUUUGUUCUAUUCUAUUCAGUUUAAUUUUAAUCUAUUCUAUUCUAUUUUGUUCUAUUCUCUUCUAUUCAGUUCUAUUUUAUUCUAUUUUGUUCACUUUUAUUCUAUUCUACUCUAUUUUGUUCUCUUUUAUUCUAUUCUAUUCUAUUUUAAUGUAUUCUAUUGUAUUCUAUUCUUGUGUAUUUUAUUCUCUUCUCUUCUAUUUUGUUCUCUUUUUUCUCUUUUAUUCUAUUCUAUUCUAUUUAAUUUUAAUCUAUUCUAUUCUACUCUAUUCUGUUCUUUAAUUUAAUUUAAUACUAUUCAAUUCUAUUUCAUCCUAUCCUAUCCUAUUCUAUUCUAUUCUAUUCUAUUAUGUUAUUCUAUUCUAUUCUAUUCUAUUAUUUAAUUUUAAUCUAUUCUCUUCUAUCCUAUCCUAUUCUCUUUUAUUUUAUUCUAAUUUUAAUCUGUUUUAUUUUACUUUAUUCUAUUAAUCUAUUUAAUUUAAUUUAAAUUCUAUUCUAUUCUAUUUAAUUUUAAUCUAUUCUAUUCUAUUUUAUCCUAUCCUAUCCUAUCUUAUUUUGUAAUAUCUUUUUCUAUUUCAUUCUCUUUUAUUCUGUUAUAAUUUUAAUCUAUUCUAUUCUAUUCUAUAAUUUACCGGUAAUUUAAUUUAAUUCUAUUCUAUUCCAUUCCAUUCCAUUCCAUUCCAUUCUAUUUUAUGUUAUUCUCUUCUCUUCUAUUUAAUUUUAAUCUGUUCUAUUCCGUUUUAUUCUAUUCUAUUUGAUUCUAUUUCAUUCUCUUCUCUUCUAUUAUGUUCUCUUUUAUUCUAUUCUAUUUAAUUCUAUUCUAUUCUAUUAUUUAAUUUAAUUUAAUUCUAUUCCAUUCUAUUUUAUGUUAUUUUCUUCUCUUCUCUUCUCUUCUCUUCUCUUCUCUUCUCUCCUAUCUAUUCUAUUCUAUUCGGUUCUAUUUUAUUCUAUUCUAUUUUGUUCAUUAUUCUACUCUAUUAUAUUUUAAUCUAUUCUAUUUUGUUCUCUUUUAUUCUAGUUUAUUCUAUUUAAUUUUAAUCUAUUCUAUUCUACUCUAUCCUAUCCUAUCCUAUUAUUAAAUUCUAUUCUAUUCUAUUCUAUUCCAUUCUAUUCUAUUUCAUGUUAUUCAUUUUAUUCUAUUCUAUUUAAUUUCAUUUUAAUCUAUUCUAUUCUAUCCUAACCUAUUCUCUUUUAUUUUAUUCUAAUUUUAAUCUGUUUAAUUUUACUUUAUUCUAUUAUUCUAUUUAAUUUAAUUUAAUUUAAAUUCUAUUCUGUUCUAUCAAAUUUUAUCCUAUCCUAUCCUAUCCUAUUCUAUGCAAUUUAACCUAUCCUAUCCUUUCCUUUCCUUUCCUAUUAUUUAAUUUAAUUUAAUUUAAUUCUAUUCUAUUCUAUUUAUUCCAUUCUAUUCCAUGUUAUUCUAUUCUGUUUUAUUCUAUUCUAUUUAAUUUUGAUCUAUUCUAUUCUAUAAUUUACCGGUAAUUUAAUUUAAUUCUGUUCUAUUCUAUUCCCUUCCAUUCUAUUUUAUGUUAUUUUAUUCUCUUCUCUUCUCUUGUCUUCUAUUCCUAUUCUAUUUAAUUUUAAUCUGAUUUAUUCUAUUCUAUUCUAUUCUAUUCUAUUCUAUUCUAUUUGGUUCUAUUUCAUUCUCCUCUUCUAUUUUAUUCUCUUUUAUCCUAUUCUAUUUAAUUUUAAUCUAUUCUAUUCUAUUCUGUUCUAUUUUGUUCUGUUUUAUUCUAUUUUGUUCUCUUUUAUUCUAUUCUAUUCUAUUUAAUUUUAAUCUGUUCUAUUCUAUUAUUUAAUUUAAUAAUUUAAUUUUAUUUAAUUUAAUAAUUUAAUUUAAUUUAAUUUAAUUCUAUAAUAUUCCAUUCCAUUAUAUUCCAUUCCAUCUCUUUUAUUCUCUUAUCUUCUCUUUCAUUCUAUUCUAUUUACUGUAUUUUUCACUCCAUAAGGCACACCGGACCAUAAGGCGCACCUAGUUUUUAGAGGGGGAAAUCAAGAAAACAAAUCUCCCCCCCCAGCCCCAAAGAGCAAAGAAACCAAGAUAGCGAGCGGGAUCCAUCCGUUGUCCCAUAGCCACUCGCUGUCUUGGCUUCUUUAGCCGCAUGCAGCCCCUACGGCCGCGCGGGGCUAUGGCAAUUCCCCCACCUCCCGCAAAAGCCCACAGGAGCAGUGCACCCUUUAAGGAGCACGCAGCUCCUGCGGGCUUUUCUACGAGGAGGGAGAAGGGAAUAACUGGCUGCAUCAGUCCCUUCUCCCUCCUGGGGAAAAGCCUGCAAGAGCCACGCGGAGCUUGUGUGCGGCUCUUGGGGGCUUUUCCUGCCUGCCUCCCCCCUGCAUUCACUUCAUAAGACGCACACACAUCUCCCCUUACUUUUUAGGAGGGAAAAUGUGUGUCUUAUGGAGCGAAAAAUACAGCAAUUUUAAUCUAUUCUAUUCUAUCCUAUCGUAUUCUUUAAUUUAAUUGAAUCUAAUUCUAUUCUAUUCUAUUUCAUUUUAAUCUAUUCUAUUCUAUUUAGUUCUAUUUUAUUCUAUUUAGUUCUUUUUUAUUCUAUUCUAAUUAAUUUUAAUCUAUUCUAUUCUAUCCUAUUCUAUUCUAUUCUAAUUUAAUUUAAUUUAAUUUAAUUCUCUUCUCUUCUCUUCUUUUCUAUCCUAUUCUAUUCUCUUUUGUUCCAUUUUAUUCUCUUUUAUUCUAGUCUAAUUUUAAUCUAUUUUAUUUUACUUUAUUCUAUUAUUCUAUUUAAUUUAAUUUAAUUUAAUUUAAUUUAAUUUAAUUCUAUUCUAUUCUAUUCUAUUCUAUUCUAUUCUAUGUUAUUCUAUUCUAUUUAAUUUUAAUCUAUUCUAUUCUAUGUUAUUCUAUUCUAUUCCUAAUCUAUUUUGUUAUGUUAUAUUUUAUUGUCUUCUCUUCUAUUGUAUUGUAUUUAAUUUUGAUCUAUUCUAUUUUAGCCUAUUUUAGCCUAUCCUAUUCUAUUCUUUUAUUCUCUUUUAUUCUACUAUAAUUUUAAGCUAUUCUAUUCUAUUAUUUAAUCUAAUCUAAUUUAAUUCUAUUCUAAUUUGUACUAUUCUCUUUUAUUCUAUUCUAUUUAAUUUUAAGCUAUUCUAUUCUAUUCUAUCCUAUUAUUUGAUUUGAUUUGAUUUAAUAUAAUUCUGUUCUAUUCUAUUCUAUCCUACUCUAUUAUAGUUUAUUCAAUUAUUCUAUUCUAUUCUAUUCUGUUCUGUUCUUUUCUAUUUUGUUCUAUUCUGCUUGAUUUUAAUCUAUUUUAUUCUAUUUAAUUUUAAUCUAUUCUGUUUUAUAUUCUAUUCUAUUCUAUUUUGUUCUAUUUUAUUCUAUUAUAAUUUUAAUCUAUUCUAUUACUUAAUUUAAAUCUAUUCUAUUCUAUUCUGUUCUGUUCUAUUUUGUUCUAUUUUAAUCGAUUCUAAUAUAUAUAUUUUAAUAUAUUCUAUUCUAUUUAAUUUUAAUCUACUCUAUUCUAUAUUUUAUUUUAAUUCUAUUCUAUUUUAUGUUAUUCUAUUCAAUUUAAUUCUAUCCUACCAACCUAUCCUAUCCUGUUCCUAUUUUGUUCUCUUUUAUUCUAUUAUAAUUUUAAUCUAUUCUAUUCUAUUCCUAUUCUAUUCUAUUCUGUUCUGUUCUCUUUUAUUAUAUUCUAUUUAAUUUUAAUCUAUUAUUCUAUUCUAUUCCAUUCCAUUCUAUGUUAUUCUCUUCUAUUUUGUUCUAUUCUAUUCUAUUCUAUUUAAUUUUAAUCUAUUCUAUUCUGUUCUGUUCUAUUUUUUAUUCUCUUUUAUUCUAUUCUAUUUAAUUUUAAUCUAUUUUAUUUUAUUCUAUUAUUCUAUUUAAUGUAAUGUAAUGUAAUUCAAUUUAAAUUCUGUUCUAUUCUAUUCUCUUUUAGUUUAUUGAAUUAUUCUAUUCUAUUCUAUUCUAUUCUAUUCUAUUCUAUUCUAUUCUAUAUUGUUGUAUUUUGUUCUCUUGUAUUCUAUUCUAUUUAAUAGCCUGGGACUAUUGGGAAAGAAGGAAUUGGCAACAGCAAUCAGAACAGAAUCUUACUUUUGAUUGAUAUGUUCAGCGCACAACCUUGUUAUUACCAACACACUCUUUCGACAGAAAAAUAAAUUUAAAACUUCAUGGAGGCACCCUUGAUCAAACCACUGGCACCUCUUGGACUAUGUUAAUGUCCGUGCUAAAGAUGGCCGUGAUGUGCUUCUUACCAGAGCUAUGACGAAUGCUGGACAGAUCACAGACUAACACGCUCCAUGAUGGCUAUCAAGAUUAUACCUCAAUGCAGGCUUCAAGGAAGGAAACCAAGGUGCAAAAUGAACACACAAGCCCUUCAAGAUCCCAUUAAGUGGGAUUGCUUCCAAACGACUCUAAAGGAGCAUCUGCCUUCAGAAUUCCCUGAUAAAGGAACACUGGACCAAGCUAAAAACAUCCAUUAUUGCAGCCUUUGAACAAACUUUUGGAUACCAAACCAAGAAACACCAGGAGUCGUUUGAUGAGAAAGACAGUAGGAUGGAACGCAUGAUUGACAAGAAAAGGAAGGCCUUUCAGAUCUGGCAAAGAGACAGAAACUGUGCCACUAAGAAAAAAACCCUAUGCCAACACUAAGGCUGAGGUUCAAAGAAGAACCAGAGAACUAAAAACACCUGGUGGAUUAAAAAAAGCUUAAGAGAUCCAGCAUUUAGCCAACACUCAUGAUAGACCGAGUUUCUUUAAAGCCACAAAGACCAUCUAUGGGCCAAUAAAUAAUGACAUAUGCCCCCUAGGCUCAGCAGACGGUACCACACUUCUAAAAGAUAAUACAGUGGUACCUCGGAUUACAGACGCUUCAGGUUACAGACUCCGCUAACCCAGAAAUAGUACCUUGGGUUAAGAACUUUGCUGCGGAGGCAGCGGGAGGUCCCAUUAGCUAAAGUGGUACCUCAUGUUGAGAACAGUUUCAGGUUAAGAACGGACCUCUGGAACGAAUUAAGUUCUGAACCCAAGGUACCAGUGUGAUAAUAAUAAUAAUAAUAAUAAUAAUAAUAAUAAUAAUAGUAAUUCAUUUAUACCCUGCCCAUCUAGCUGGGUUUCCCCAGCCACUCUGAGUGGCUUCUAACAAAAUAUUAAAAUACAGCAGUCCAUCAAGCAUUAAAAGCUUCCCUAAGCAGGUCUGCCUUCAGAUGCCUUCUAAAAGUCUGAUAGUUGUUCUCUUCGACAUCUGGUGGGAGGGCGUUCCACAGGGCAGGUGCCACUACCGAGAAGGCCCUCUGCCUGGUUCCCUGUAACUUGGCUUCUUGCAGUGAGGGAACCGCCAGAAGGCCCUCGGCGCUGGACCUCGGUGUCUGGGCAGAACAAUGGGGGUAGAGAUGCUCCUUCAGGUAUACUGGACCGAUGCCGUUUAGGGCUUUAAAGGUCAGCACCAACACUUUGAAUUGUGCUCAGAAACAUACUGGGAGCCAAUGUAGGUCUUUCAAGACCAGUGUUAUGUGGUCUCGGCGGCCACUCCCAGUCACCAGUCUAGCUGCCGCAUUCUGGAUUAGUUGUAGUUUCCGGGUCACCUUCAAAGGUAGCCCCACGUAAAGCGCAUUGCAGUAGUCCAAGUGGGAGAUAACCAGAGCAUGCACCACUCUGGUGAGACAGUCUGCGGGCAGGUAGGGUCUCAGCCUGCGUACCAGGUGGAGCUGGUAAACAGCUGCCCUGAACACAGAAUUGACCUGUGCCUCCAUGGACAGCUGCGAGUCCAAAAUGACUCCCAGACUCCUCACCUGGUCCUUCAGGGGCACAGUUAACCCAUUCAGGACCAGAGAGUCCUCCACAACUGCCCACCUCCUGUCCCCCCAAAACAGUACUUCUGUCUUGUCAGGAUUCAACCUCUAUAGAUAAAGAAGCUAUUGCACUGUGAUGGAAAGAACAUUACCAACAUCUCCUUAACAGCAGUUCCCCAUAGCUGCUGAGGUCCUCUCAUAGAUUCCACAAAAAAAAGUUAGAGAUGCGCUUGCAGUAUCUCCAAAUCUGGGAGAGUUAUGUACAGCUAUUAACCAAAGGAAAAACAACAAAGCCAGCAGACCUGAUGGUAUACCUGCCAAAGUCUUCAAAGUGGGUGGAAUUGAACUUACACAACUUCACAAGCUCAUCGAAAAAAUUUGGGAGGGAGAAGAGAUCCCAACAAACUUUAGGGAUGCCAAAAUUAUCAAGCUCUUAAAAAAAAAGUUGACAGAAUUGAUUGUGGAAACUAUCAAGGCAUCUCUCUAUUAGCUGUGGCUGGCAAAAUUCUUUCAAGGAUCUUAGCAAACCGUCUCUUACCAAUAUCCGAGGUGCCCUUCCUGAAUCCCAAAAUGGUUUUGACCUUCUUGGGGACAGUGGACGUGAUUUUCACCACUCAACAGCGGUGCAGGGGAAAACGCAGAGAGCAAAACCAACCCCUGUAUACAGCAUUUAUUGACCUAAGGCUUUCGGCACUGUAAAUCAUUAAUGCCCUGUGGACUGUCCUUCUGAAAAUUGGCUGCCCAGGUAAAUUUGUGAACACCAUUCGGCUCCUCCAUGAUCAGAUGACAGCAACAAUCGCAGAUAACAAUGGCUCUCAAAGUGAACCAUUCCCAGUGGGAUCAGGUGUUAAACAGGGUUGUGUUAUUGCCCCAACUCUAUUCAUUAUUUUCAUUGCCAUGAUCCUACACUUUGUGGAAGGGAAACUCCCCACAAUCAGCUACGAGUGAUGGCCAAAGAAGAAGAAGAAGAAGAGGAGGAAGGAGGAGGAGGAGGAGGAGGAGGAGAAGGAGAAGGAGAAGGAGAAGAAGAAUGCUUAGAGUUAGAUUAAGGUUUGUGUUUAAAGUUAGGGCUGGGGCUAGGGCUACGUUUAGGGUAAGGUUUAGGGUUAGAGCAGUGGCGGAGGAUAUGCCCUCGGUGCCCAAGGCGGGCGCGUUCCCGAGGGGCGCGGAGGGUGCCCUCCCAGGCGCGGGAUAGCCGUGCGCGCGCACCCGCCGAUCCCUCGUCCUUGCUCUCCCCUGCCUGCCUGCCUCCUGCAGCCGGGAGCGCGGGGCAACGGCGCCCUGGACUCCCGCCAGCCGCCAGAGGAAGCGGGGAGCUGCUGCGCCGCGCUCCCGGCUGGAGGAGGCAGAGAAGAGGGCGGGAAGGAGGCAGGGAGCGGGAAGGGGAGAGGAAGGAACCGGCAAAGCAGCGCAGCAGCUCCCCCCCUUCCCCCGACGGCUCGCGGGAAGCGAGGGAGUCCGAGUCGCGGGCGGGAUGUGGUGUGGCUCCAGCACCCCCUUCCUCCGCCAGUGGGUUAGAGACUCUGGAGAGUCCCGUGGACUGCAAGAAGAUCAAACCUCUCCAUUCUGAAGGAAAUCAGCCCUGAGUGCUCACUGGAAGGACAGAUCGUGAAGCUGAGACUCCCAAUACUUUGACCACCUCAUGGGAAGAGAAGACUCCCUGGAAAAGACCCUGAUGUUGGGAAAGAUGGAGGGCACAAGGAGAAGGGGACGACAGAGGACGAGAUGGCUGGACAGUGUUCUCAAAGCUACUAACGUGAGUUUGACCAAACUGCUGGAGGCAGUGGAAGACAGGAGUGCCUGGCGUGCUCUGGUCCAGGGGGUCACGAAGAGGCGGACAUGACUAAACGACUAAACAAGGUUUAUGUUUAAAGUUAGGGCUAGGACUAGGGCUAAGUUUAGGGCUAGGGUGAGGGUUAGGGUGCUGGCAUCUGGGGGGGAGACCUUGCCUCCCCUUGUUCCUAGCAGCCAGGCACCCUCCGACUUCCCCUUGCAAGGUUCUGCUGGGAUCCCAUUAUGUGGUUUAUCAGAUAUUAUUAUAAGAGAGAACAUCAGAGCAACAUAAAACAAUAACAUUGCAAGUAAAAGAGGAUAUAUCAGAGACAAGUAGAACAGCUGCUUACCAAAACGACGGAGGCACAAAACAGUGGUACCUCAGGUUACAGGCGCUUCAGGUUACAGACUCCGCUAACGCAGAAAUAGUACCUCGGGUUAAGAACUUUGCUUCAGAAUGAGAAGAGACAUCGUGCUCUGGUGGCGCGGCAGCAGCAGGAGGCCCCAUUAGCUAAAGUGGUGUCUCAGGUUAAGAACAGUUUCAGGUUAAGAAUGGACCCCCAGAACGAAUUAAGUUCUUAACCCGAGGUACCACUGUACUGUCUGUGUCUCCGUUGAGGAAAUCCUUCGGUUUUCACUGUAAAAGGGGCUCUUCUAUUGAGCACUGCCUGCGCUGACUCACCGGAAACCCAGCUUCCGUUUUGAGUUUUCGGUUUUCCAACGUCACUGUUCUUGUAAAUGGUCCGCGUGGAAUAACCCCAAGUGUCAACUGAGGGUCACUGUUGUGCUGCUUCAGAAAAAAAUUAAUAAUUCUUUGCACAUCUGCUUCUCCCUGCGCAGAAUUUGGAUGCAUUUUGAGCUGUUGGAGAGCACACGGAUGCUGCAAAAUGUUCAGGGCCUCUUUGGAAUGAGCACCUUUUAUAAUUCCUCAAAAUGUGCUCUGGCAACGUUUCUGCUUCUGUUGUCCAGCUAAGCAGCCUCUUGCUGCACAGUUUAUUCUCCAGAAUUGUGGAUCCUGCCCACCUUCCCAAUUUCUCAGCCAUCUACCCAGUUGCUCGACGACCUUUGGUGCACAAUCUGCAUAAAGCUGCCCAUUUACCCGUGGCGCAACUGUGGGCCUGGAAAGUCCCCAAAGUUCUCCUGUCACAGCUUCCUGUUCUUUCAACGUCAGUCUGUGAAAACACAGCUGUGCAAGGCAAACAUUCGUGCUGACAUCCACGUUUGAGCAUGUGAGCCAAGGCGUGUUUGCAGGAGAAAUGUUUCCCAUAAAACACUGAAAUGCCGCAAAAAGGAAUUUAUGGUAUGUAAUGCCUGUAGGAAAAAGGGACGUGGGUGACGCUGUGGGUUAAACCACAGAGCCUAGGACUUGCCAAUCAGAAGGUCGGCAGUUCGAAUCCCCACGACGGGGUGAGCGCCUGUUGCUUGGUCCCUGCUCCUGCCAACCUAGCAGUUCGGAAGCACAUCAAAGUGCAAGUAGAUAAAUAGGUACCGCUCUGGCGGGAAGGUAAACGGUGUUUCCGUGUGCUGCUCUGGUUUGCCAGAAGUGGCUUAGUCAUGCUGGCCACAUGACCCGGAAGCUGUAUGCCAGCUCCCUUGGCCGAUAAAGCGAGAUGAGCGCCGCAACCCCAGAGUCGGCCACGACUGGACCUAAUGGUCAGGGGUCCCUUUACCUUUACCUUUAAUGCCUGUGGGAAAUCUAUCUUGUUUCGCCAGAUAGAUUUGAAACUUGGUUGGGGGCUGAUCUAUAAUUUGGGCAAAUGAAUCAGGGGUCCACUAACCUCAGCCAGUCUCUGCCUGCUGUCUUUCUAACAAUCCACUAGUGUAGGAUACAGCACCUGCCUAUAUCAGCUUUGUUCUCCUGUCACAGAAGGGAGAAGGAGGAUGGGGGCAAAACUAGAAUUAUUUGGCUCUGCCUGUCACUGGCUCUGGCGCCACCUACUGUUGAACUCCCUGCCUUCCACCCUACCAGUCCCUGACAAGCACCAACCAAUCACUGAGUGCAGUCUUGCGUUGUCUUUUUUUCCUCCAGCAAGUCGAUGAGAUCAGGCUAAAGAUUGUGAAGACUCCUGGGGACAAGAACGAUAUUGUGAGUUGACGUGUGAAGUGUUGGAAUGGCAUCAUCAUCAUCUUUAAUUUGUAUACCGUCUUUCUAUCUUACAAUACUCAAGGCAGUUUACAAGCUGAAGAAACAAAAAAUGUACAUCUUAUAACAAUCUAAUGCAAUACGAAAGUGUGAUAAUAAAACGUAGCUUUAAAAUAGGCAACCUACAUCAAAAAAGUAACAUUCAACAAUCAUUAGAAAAUAUAAAAUAAGAAUAUCAACAUAUAAAAGUUAAACAGAAAUCCACUCAACAGUUACAAGAAAUAAUAUCUAAACUAUAAUCGAUAAAACAACGGCAAGCCACAGUACAUAAAAUAAUACAAUACACAUUGAGAAGCAGAGACUAGAGGAGAGAGCAAGGCAGGUGGAAGGAGGCCUUGCCUGAUGGAGUCUCUCCCCUGGGGGGCUGUCACCCGAACACGUCUCAAAGGCUGGGGGAGAGACCCAGAGAUGCCUGGGCUGCUGUGAAGGAUGGGCUCCUCCUGAAAUAUGAAGGCUGUGAACUGUAUCCAAAGUAGACCCAGAUGUAAAUAUAUGUACAAUCAUAUAUUUUUUCCAAAUUAAUUUUCAUUAACUGGUUUCUUGUGAUACAAAGUAAACAAAUAAUAAAAAAGGAAAAGUACAUAUAGCGCCUCCACAUUCGAGUCUUUUUCACAGUUCGUUUACAUUCGGUAUAGGGCACUAUUGUAAUGGACAUUGUGCAACUGGGGAAAAAGAGAGGGGAGAGAGGGAGGAAGGGGGAGAGAUGGGGAUAAGGAUAUUUUCUUCUCUUGCAUUGCGUUUGCGAGAGAUUGGAGGCCCCAGAGCUUGCUUCGUAGCAGUGUGGUUUGUCUGUAUAGGUGAGCGGGGGGUGGGGAGGACCCGAGUGUCUUCUGUGCCUUAAUUUCCCAAAGGAAGCACGACCCGGGGGGCGGUGCCUGGAGUCUGCUGGAAUUUUGCUACCAGCCGGCAGAGAUUGAGGGAGACGCACAACCUUUGUAACAAUAUUGCAAAUAUUACAGCCACGUUUAUAUGCUUUUCGAAGCAACAAUAUUCUCUCGCAGAGGUAUUCCAAUCCCAGGUUCUUUGAGUAUUGUAUCGUGCACAUUUUUACAAGCAAAUUCCCCAACAGGAUGCACUUUCGUCUAUUCCACAGAGCUCUGACGACCAAAAAUACGCAAAAUUUUUCAUUCUCUUUUUUGCACCAGCAAUAUUCCUCCCAGAGGGAGGUGCACCGUUCCUGGAGGUACUGCAAUACCAGGUCGAUGCAUGGAGUGGAUGGAGCAAGCCCCUAUACCAUCUCCCAGCUCCAAAAAUCCAUUUAAUAUAUAGUCCUCAAAUAGAGGACAUAUCAGAUAUUAAACUGAUAAGAACAGAUACUACACUUGAUCUUAGCCAAAAGGCCGAGAAGCGAUACCGAAGGGAGCAAAAAUUAAGCGGGUCUCCUUUCUCGAUGCCUUUUGAGCUGUCGGUGGGAACCUGGGCGCUGCAAACCUCUCACCGCCCCCUCAGAAUUAGCCCCGUUUCCAAUUCCACAAAUACACUCUGACAACAUUUCUGCUUCUGUUGUCCAACUCAGCACCCUCUAGAUCGACAAUUUAACCUCAAAAAUAGUGGAUUUUGUCGAUCUUGCCAAUUUCUCAGCCGUCUGCUGGUUGCUCUGAUGGCCAUCGGUACUAAAUCUGCAUAAACCCGCCCAUUUCCCCAUCAGGGCUUCCGUUAUUGUUAAGUUGCUGCGCGGCAACAGAGGUCGCAAAUGUUUCCCUUUCCUGUUCACUGGAGAGCAUCCUGCAAACACACGUGUGCAAGGCGACCAUUCGUGCUGACAUUAACAUUAGUGCUCCUUAGCAAAAGGGUGAUUGCAAGAAAAAUAUUUCCUGUAAAACCCUUAAAGGCUGCAAAAGGAAUUGCCAGCAUAUAAUGACUGCAGACAGUCCAUCUUUCUCUGGUUUUUCAUAGACCCUUUGAAACUAUUUACCUAUAAACCCAGAUCCUUUUAAGAUCACCUUGCUUCUGCCCUUUUUUCAGCUUUGAUCUGAGCACGAAAUGUACAGACAUGCCCUGCAUUCUUAUGAACACAGUUUCAUUUUUAUUGAUUUUCUUUAAAUAAAUUUGAGGCAACUCUGCCUGCACAUUAACUCAGCCUGCUUCAAGCACGUUCGUCCCAACCAGCAAAUACAUUUGAAAUGUGGUGGAAGGAUUUUGCUUGUGGGUGGUGCUAACAUAGCUUGACAGGUAUUUACUUAGCAGUACCAGAGCAAUUAAGCGGGUCUCCUUUCCUGAUCGCUUUUGAGAAAUUGAAUGCAGAUUUCCAAAAAAUAGCAAGGAGAGACAAGAAGGCCUUCUUAAACGAGCAAUGCAAAGAAAUAGAGGAAAACAAUAGAAUGGGAAAAACCAGAGAUCUGUUCAAGAAAAUUGGAGAUAUGAAAGGAACAUUUCGUACAAAGGUUACCAUAAUAAAAGACAAAAGUGGAAAGGACCUAACAGAAGCAGAAGACAUCAAGAAGAGGUGGCAAGAAUACACAGAGGAAGUAUACCAGAAAGAAAUGGAUGUCUCGUAUACCCCAGGUAGUGUGGUUGCUGACCUUGAGCCAGACAUCCUGGAGAGUGAAGUCAAAUGGGCCUUAGAAAGCACUGCUAAUAACAAGGCCAGUAGAAGUGAUGAUAUUCCAGCUGAACUAUUUAAAAUUUUAAAAGAUGAUGCUGUUAAGGUGCUACACUCAAUAUGCCAGCAAAUUUGGAAAACUCAGCAGUGGCCAGAGGAUUGGAGAAGAUCAGUCUACAUCCCAAUCCCAAAGAAAGGCAGUGCCAAAGAAAGCUCCAACUACCGCACAAUUGCACUCAUUUCACACGCUAGCAAGGUUAUGCUUAAAAUUCUACAAGGCAGGCUUAAGCAGUAUGUGGACCGAGAACUCCCAGAAGUGCAAGCUGGAUUUCGAAGGGGCAGAGAAACCAGAGACCAAAUUGCAAACAUGCGCUGGAUUAUGGAGAAAGCUAGAGAGUUCCAGAAAGACAUCUACUUCUGCUUCAUUGACUAUGCAAAAGCCUUUGACUGUGUCGACCACAGCAAACUAUGGCAAGUUCUUAAAGAAAUGGGAGUGCCUGAUCACCUCAUCUGUCUCCUGAGAAAUCUCUAUGUGGGACAAGAAGCUAGAACUGGAUAUGGAACAACUGAUUGGUUCAAAAUUGGGAAAGGAGUACGGCAAGGCUGUAUAUUGUCUCCCUGCUUCUUUAACUUAUAUGCAGAAUUCAUCAUGCAAAAGGCUGGGCUGGAUGAAUCCUAAGCCGGAAUUAAGAUCGCCGGAAGAAAUAUCAACAACCUCAGAUAUGCAGAUGAUACAACCUUGGUGGCAGAAAGUGAAGAGGAAUUAAAGAACCUUUUAAUGAGGGUGAAAGAGGAGAGCGCAAAAUAUGGUCUGAAGCUCAACAUCAAAAAAAAACGAAGAUCAUGGCCACUGGGCCCAUCACCUCCUGGCAAAUAGAAGGGGAAUAAAUGGAGGCAGUGAGAGAUUUUACUUUCUUGGGCUCCAUGAUCACUGCAGUCACGAAAUUAAAAGACGUCUGCUCCUUGGGAGAAAGGCGAUGGCAAACCUAGACAGCAUCUUAAAAAGCAGAGACAUCACCUUGCCAACAAAGGUCCGUAUAGUUAAAGCUAUGGUUUUCCCAGUAGUGAUAUAUGGAAGUGAGAGCUGGACCAUAAAGAAGGCUGAUCGCCGAAGAAUUGAUGCUUUUGAAUUAUGGUGCUGGAGGAGACUCUUGAGAGUCCCAUUGAAUGCAAGAAGAUCAAACCUAUCCAUUCUGAAGGAAAUCAGCCCUGAGUGCUCACUGGAAGGACAGAUUGUGAAGCUGAGGCUCCAAUACCUUGGCCACCUCAUGAGAAGAGAAGACUCCCUGGAAAAGACCCUGAUGAUGGGAAAGAUGGAGGGCACAAGGAGAAGGGGACAACAGAGGACGAGAUGGUUGGACAGUGUUCUCGAGCUACAAACAUGAGUCUGACCAAACUGUGGGAGGCAGUGGAAGACAGGAGUGCCUGGCGUGCUCUGGUCCAUGGGGUCAUGAAGAGUCGGACACGACUAAACGACUAAACAACAACAACCUGAGCAAUCGUAAGAGCAUUUCCUUCCUGGGACAAGUUUUCCAUGUGAUCUACAUAGCAAUGUUUGUUCAUAAGGAUUUCCCUUGCUUGGUAGCUUUCUGUUCUCUGGAAGCAUAAUAUCUGUGCAUAUAUUUCCCCCUGGAAAUAAGGGUUACCCAUGUUAAUGGUGUUUUUAUAGACUUGCUAUAAUUUCUAUUGCACCAAAAGUCUGGCGUGUAUUACUGCCCCUGCUCUCCUUUCCUCUCUGCUUCAAGAUUUCACACCUGUUUUCUGUGAUGACUUUGUUGCAUGCUUGAUUUUGCAUCUUAAUGAUUAAAAAUAAUAGACUUCCGGGACGCCGCGGCCACGGGAAGGAGCGCGAGGCAACUCGUCUGAGGAGCCUCGAACAGCGUGGGGGUCUUAGAGGGGUCACGAAGGCUCCGUGAACCCCUAAACCACAGGUGGAAUAUCCUGUUGGCCAAAAUACCCAGCAAGGCUGCGUGUGCUCGCCUGUGUUGCCGGCGUUUAACAAGGCUGGAGCCGCAGCGAGAAGGGGAAACAUCAGACUCCAUGCUGUGAAGCCUCAGGCUCCGAGUGAAAGCGGCGGACCUCCGACAACAGAGGAAAAGCUGGGAAAUAGUUCUAAAGCUUUGAUGAAAGCAGAGGAGGGAGAACACUGGAAAACAAUCAAAGUAAAAGCAAAAGGAAUGUUGAAUGAAGUUGAAUGAAGUUGAAUGAAGUUGAAUGAAGUUGAAUGAAGUAAUUAAAGACAAAUGAAGGUGGAAUUCACUACUGGCGGUAAGAAUGAUAAAGGAGUAAAGCGAAAAGCUGGCAGACGUGUAUGAAAGAGCAAGAAAGUAACCGCUAGCGAGGGAAGGAAUAUCCUCGAUAAUAAAGUACAUUUUACAAAGUACAAAGUACAAAGAGUUUGAAGCAAGGUAAUACUGAGUUUUCUUCUUUUCGAUAGAGAGACUCUUUACCGGGUUUGAGAGGAGGAAAGGAGGUUUCUGGGGCAUUUGGUUGAUGCUUUAACUGACAGGUUUUUGAGGACGUUAUUGUUAACAUCAACUUUUUUGUUUGAAGUGGGUGGAAGAAAGCAUGGGUCUUCCCCAGACCUUAAUGUUGGUUUUAUGUUAGUGACUUCCCUAUGGGUAUAAAAAAGGGAGGAGGAAGCCAUUCCGAGACCUAACUUGGCUUUGCUAUCCGCCAUUCCAUCUUGUCCUUGAUCUACUACGCCUCUGCAUGUAUUUGAGAUUUAAAGGGACAUGCGCCAAAAGCCAAAUAGGAGAAUUUAAACCAGCAUAAAGAACACUUCCUGAAGAACUUCCAAGUCUCCAGUAAAGAAAAACUUUUGGUGACGCCAGACCUCUAUAAUACCACCCUCUAAGAGGACAAAGACUGUAAAAGGUAAAGAUUGUAAAACUUUGUGUAUAGCCUGAUGUGUGAUGCCUAAUAUCUGCUAUUAUACCCCAACACCAGACCCGGUAACUUAUUAACCCAUCAGAGAUUAUCGGUGAUCCUGUGCCUCAUCCCUUUUUGAAUAACAUUAGUGUGGUGGACCCCAAGACCUUUCAAGCCUACAAAAUGACAAACGGUGCAAAAAAAGGCGUGGCAACACCAGCGGAAAGGAGGUCGUCGAGGCAAGAGGAUGCUAAGGAAAGUAAAGAAAUUAAAGACUAUAGCAGUCUGAUGGCCGAAAUAAGGAAAGAAUUCAAAAAUAAUGAACAAUAUAUUGAGAGAAAAUUACUUGAGGUACAGGACACUUUGGAUAAGAAAUUGGAGGGAGUGGUGGGGAAUUGACAGGAAAGGUUAAAGAUUUAUCAGUAAGAACUAAGGUUUUGGAAGAUUCAAUGAAAAAGGUGCAAAAAGAUACGAAAAUUAGUAAGAAGGAGGUGGAUAGAAUUAGAGUAGAAGUUAAAGAGAUAGAAAGAGUGCAGGAGGAGUUGUUGGACAAUAUGGCUAUGACGCAAAUGAGGCAAAAUCAAACCAACCUAAAACUGAGGGGUGUACCAGAGACCCCAAAUGAGAAUAUUAGAUCUAAAAUGAUAAAAGAGCUGGCAACUUGGUUAAAUAAGAGCGAGGAGGAGGUAAACUGCCAUUUAGUAAAUAUUUUUCGAAUAAGACCAAAAUCAGACAGAGCCAGAAAGAAAAAGCUGCCAGGUGAUGUAAUUGUCAUGUUCAACACUUUGGAAAUAAGAAAUGAAAUACUGCAACAGAACCACAUAAAAGGUUAUAUAUUGGAGGAAGCCCAAUUAUUAUCUUUAGAGAAAUUCCUUCGAGAUUUCUUCGAAGGAGAGAGCCAUACAAAAAAUUAACAAACCAAUUGAAGAAGAAUGGGAUAUUGUAUAGAUGGGAGUUUCCCGAAGGCAUUUCAUUCUACUUUAAGGAAAAAAGGUUUAAAUUAAGCACCAGUAUUGAACUCCAAAAAUUUGCGAGGAGAUAUGAGAAGGACCUGGGAAAAGUUGAAGGGGAGGUGGAAAGGGAGGAACGACAGAGAGACGAGGAGGGUGAAGGGAGUGAAGAAGAAAAAGAGGAGAGCUUAACAGGAGAAGGAGAAGAACAAGAGGAGGAAAGCAAGGAACAGUAGUCUCUAUUUAAUCUAGUUAAAUUAGCUAGAAUAGUUUAAUAGAUGGCUUUAAAAACAAUAAGCUGGAAUGUCAAUGGUUUGAACAAUAAAAAUAAGAGGAAUCAGAUUGCACAUGUAUUGUUGAAAAAGAAUUGGGAUUUAAUUUGUCUUCAAGAAACGCAUGUUAUAGGAAAACACAAGAGAGUAUUAAGUAAUAAGAGAUUGGGAUUGGACUUUGUGACCUCCGACAAGGUUAAGAAAAGAGGGGUAGUAAUUUAUAUAAAGGAAAAAUAUGACCCGCAACUACUGUAUAAAGAUGAACAUGGGAGAGUAGUGGUGGUACAGAUGGUGUUUCAUGAGAAAAAAUCAGCUUUCUUUUUGGAAUUAGAUAAUAUACUAAUGGAAUGGAUGGACCAGAAAAUGAUAUUGAUGGGAGAUCUUAAUGGGGUGGUGACGCCGAAUAUGGAUAGAUUAACAAAAAGACAAGAUGGGAAAGAAGGUAAACUACCACGAUCUUUCUUCGACAUGGUAAAUAAUUUGGGAUUGACGGAUGUUUGGAGGUUUAAAAACCCUACUGCAAAACAAUUCACUUUUCAAAUCCGAAUCAGAGCUGGGGGAGGAUAGACAGUAUUUGGGUCUCGAGGGAAUUGGUACAGAAUUUAAUUAAGUCUGAAAUUUGGCCUAGAACUUUAUCUGAUCAUAGUGCGGUUUCCAUGGAGUUAAAAGGUAGAGAGGUUAAAACAGCCAGAUGGAGAAUGAAUGAAUAUUUAUUCAAUGAUCAAAGGAUAGUAAAUAAGGCUAUAGAAACAAUUGAAGAAUACUUUAGGUGGAAUUUAAAUGGAGAAACUUCCAUAGAGAUGGUGUGGGACGCAGGAAAAGCGGUCAUGAGGGGUUUUUGAUUCAGAAAAAUACCCAAUUAAGAAAAGAAAAAGAAAAAAAGAAAGAGCAGAUUUUAACACAGAUUAUGGAAAAUGAAAGAAAAUUAACUGUUAACCCUAGUGAAGAGAGUUUAAAACAGAACUUAAAAAUACUACAAGCUAAAUUUGCUACAAUAAUUAACCAAGAGAUAGAGUGGAAAAUUAAAAGGAUGAAUCAAAAGAACUUUGAGUCCGCAAAUAAGAUAGGGAAAUAUCUAGCGUGGCAGUUGAGAGAAAGGAAGAAGUUGAAUACGAUCAGUAAAAUAAAAGAAGGAGAUAUGAUUAUGGAAGAACCAAAAGAAAUAAAAAGAAUAUUCCAAAGAUAUUAUAAGGAUUUGUACAAAAGAGGAGAGGAAACAGAACAAGAAAUAGAUCAAUUUCUGCAAAAACACCAUCUGGAACAAAUUGUAGAAGAUGAAAGAGCAGCACUAGAUGAGAUAAUAACACAGGAAGAGAUAAAAAGGCUAUUAAAAAGAUGAAAGCUGAGAAGGCGCCGGGACCGGACGGCCUUCCGGCCAAAUAUUAUAAAACAUUAAUUAACCAAAUAUCACCAGUGCUGGGAGAGGUUAUGAACAAUAUAUUGAGAGAAGGAAAGAUACCUAAUACCUGGAAGGAAGCCUAUGUUAUAUUGAUCCCUAAAAAAGAGGUGGACACUAUGGAAGUAAAGAACUAUAGGCCAAUCUCAUUAUUAAAUAAUGAUUAUAAGCUAUUUGCAGACAUAAUGGCGGAAAGAUUAAAGAAGGUCUUGAUUAAUAAAAUUCAUGGUGAUCAAACAGGAUUUCUCCCAGGGAGACAAUUACGGGAUAAUGUAAGGAAUUUGAUUGACAUUAUUGAAUACCUGGACAUGAAAAUAGACAGAAAAGCCGCACUGGUUUUCAUAGACGCCGAAAAGGCAUUUGAUAAUGUUUCCUGGAACUUCCUAAAGAAGGCUUUGGAAAGGAUGGGAAUUGGCGAAAAAUUUAGAAGAGGCAUAGAAGCAAUAUACAAAGAACAGAAAGCAAAGCUGGUGAUAAAUAACAAUACAACAGAAUAUUUUAACAUUUAUAAAGGGACCAGACAAGGUUGCCCCCUGUCCCCCUUAUUAUUUAUUGUAAUUUUGGAAGUACUUAAUAAGAGACUGAGGGAGGCAACAGAAGUGAAAGGAAUUAGAGUAGGAAAGAAGGAAUUCAAAAUUAAAGCCUUUGCCGACGAUAUUGUUUUGACUUUGGAAGAUCCACAAGAUAGUGUAAAAGAAGCAUUACAAAAAAUUGAGGAAUUUGGAGAGGUGGCAGGUUUUAAGGUAAACAAGAAUAAAACUAAAAUGCUGGUUAAAAAUUUAACUAAGGAAGAAACGAAAGAUCUAGAACAAAAAGUGGAAAUCAUGGUGGUGAAAAAAGUGAAAUAUUUGGGAGUGUGGAUUACGGCAAAAACAUAAACCUAUAUAAAGAUAAUUAUGAAGUUACAUGGAAAAAAAUAAAGAAAGAUCUGGAAAUAUGGGGGAGGAUGAAAUUUUCCUUUUUAGGGAAGAUAGCAGUGGUUAAAAUGAAUGUUUUGCCGAGGAUGUUGUUUUUAUUUCAAACUCUUCCAGUUAUUAAAGGUCUAAAACAAUGUAAAGAAUGGCAGAGAACCCUGAUGAAAUUCAUCUGGCAGGGGAAAAGACCAAGGAUUAAAAUGAAAAUACUAAUUGAUAAAAAGGAAAGAGGAGGUUUUGCCCUCCCAGAUUUGAGCCUAUAUUAUGAAGCAGCGUGCCUACUUUGGUUAAAAGAUUGGAUAAAAUUGGAGAACAGAGACCUACUGGAUUUAGAAGGCUUCAAUAACCGGUAUGGGUGGCACGCAUAUCUCUGGUACGAGAAGGUGAAAGUCCACAGGGCUUUCUUAAACCAUAUUUUCAGGGGACCAAUAUAUCAGGUCUGGGAAAGAAAUAAGAACCUUCUCGAAAGAAAAACACCAUGGUGGAUUUCACCAGUAGAGGUCUUAACAAUAAAAAAACCAACAUGGAAGGGAAGACAGCCACCUACGAAGAUUUGCUAAGAAAAUCAGAACAAGGGCUUAAACUUAAACCGUAUGAGGAAAUAAAGGAUCAAUUCACCGGCUGGCUACAAUAUCAUCAGGUGAAUGAUAUGUUAAAACAAGAUAAAAGAAAAAUGGGCUUUGAGGACAAGAAAUCAAAAUUCAAUAUAGAAAUAAUAGAAGGCAAAAACAAAACAUUGUCUAAAUUAUAUGACAUAUUACUGGAAUGGCAUACAAAAGACGAGGAAGUCAAAGAGGCAAUGAUUAAAUGGGCAAUUGACUUCGGUUAUAACAUCGAGUUUGAAAAGUGGUUGAAAUUGUGGAAUAGAGACAUUAAAUUUACGGCCUGUACGAGUUUGAGAGAAAAUGUUUGGAAAAUGCUCUAUAGAUGGUAUCUUACGCCGGCAAAAUUGGCUAAAAUCUAUAGAUCAGAAAAUAAGACAUGCUGGAAAUGUGGUGAAGGGGAGGAGACCUCUACCAUAUGUGGUGGCAAUGCAGCAAGGUGAAGGUUUUUGGGAAGCAAUUUAUAAUGAACUUAAAAAGUUUUUAAAUACACUUUUCCCAAGAGACCUGAGGCCUUUUUGCUGGGAAUAAUGGGUAAGGAAAUAAAAAUGAAGAUAAAAAAAUAUUUCUCUAUGCCACCACAGCCGCAAGAAUUAUGCUGGCACAAAACUGGAAAAUAGAAACUAUUCCUAACAUAAGUGACUGGCAGGUCAAAAUGAUCAACUAUGCCGAGCUAGAUAGAUUAACAGGCAGAAUACGAGACCAAGACGACCAGAAAUUUCAAAAAAUUGGAGUAAGUUUUGGAAAUAUAUUGGAACGGAUAUAUAGGAGGAGCUGGCGGUAUUAGAAAAACUUUAUCAGCUAAUAACUAUAAACGUUAAUAAACUAAUUACGCAACCCGGGACUUAUUUGAUACUUACCAAAAGGGUGAAGGGAAGUCAAAGGCUAAGGAGAGCCUAAUGGUUAUAUUAUUAUUUUUUGUAUGAACGUAUGCUUUCUUUUUGUAUAGUAUGAAAAUAGGAUGAAUAAUUUAUGUUAAAAUGCUUAUUUUUGUAUUUGUUAGUUCUUUUUUCUUUUCUUUAUACAAAUUCUGAAUAAAAAUUUACUUGCAAAAAAAAUAAUAAUAACGGGCUAUGGUUUAUUCAGGAUCAUCCGGCGGGAUCCUAAAUCGCAUCCGUUCUUGUAAAUGUUAUGCUUGGAAUAACCCCAAGUGGCCACCGGGGGGCACUGUUGCGCUGCUUCAGAAAACAAUCCUUGCAGAUCUAUUUCCUCCUUUCUCUUUGCAGGAACUCAGCGUCCUUCCCUUUGGCCUUGCUGGUGUCCAGGAAAGCUGGAAAUUCGCCAGAUGAUUUGAUUGCAACCUCUGUAGCUCCCCGCCACCCUUCUUCUUCUCUGCUGGGCAUCACUGGCUGGUGGCUAUACCAGCUGCAGUUGAUAGGAAACACUGCUGUCAAAAAAAUGCUGUACAGUAUUAGUACUGUAGUUCUUGUAUUUACAUGAAAACCAAUAAAAUUAUUGGGGGGGAGGGCAGGAUGCUGUUUAGAAGAGGUGGUACUGGUCCUAAUUUCUGUGGCUUCGUGUGCCAAUUCCUCUGCCUCCCUCAAAAAAACAAAACUUAAAAUGAUCUGUUCUGUAGAAUGAUGUAUAACUUGUUUUAGAAAAUUGUGUCUGUGUGUUUUAAUGGUGAAACAAACUCUUUUAAAAAAAACAACAGCUGUUUUUCAUGUUUUCAUUCAGCCCUUAAGCUUUCAGCAGUAGAUUAAUCAACUAAAGUUUCAAGUUGAUUAAUCUAAGGCAGGUAUUUCCCCUCCCCACCCAUAAGUGGCGCUGAGGCUUAAUUUAUUUAUGACAUUUUAAAAUUCUCACUCUUCUUGCAAGGAACUCAUGGCAGUGUUAAAGAUCCUCCCCUUAAUUUUAUCCUCCUGCCAACCUUGUGAGGUAGGCUGUGUAACCUUCCAACCACUAAAUAAUAUAAUUUUUAAGAUUUCAGUUAUAACAAUGAUUUAUAAUUAAACAACUCUUUAUAAAACCAGGCAUUGAGCAAGUGGAUAGGGAAACGCAUUUCUCCUUCUUUCAUAACACCAGAACACGGGGAUAUCCAGUGAAGCUGAGCGACAAAUAGAAGUCCUAAUUCACGCAGCACAGAGCAGAACUAUGGAACUCACUGCCUCAGGACACAGGGACGGUCAUCAACUCGGAUGGCUUUAAAAGAGCAUUAGACAAGUUCAUGGAGGAGAGGGCUACUGAUGGCUCCUGUUCCCGAGGGCGAUGCUCUGCCAUCCAAGGUCUGAGGCAGCAAUACUUCUGAACCCCCCUUUCUGAAAAACACAGGAGGGAAGAGUUCCUCUUGCACUCAGGUCUUGCUUGUCAUGUACGAUUGCCAUAUGUCUGGCUUGGGCGGCUUAAGGUGGUUCUGGGGAUUGUGCAAAAAAUCCAUAAGUAUUUCACCAGUUUCCUUAAAAAAAAAAUAGCUCAGCAAUUUGGGGGUCUUCCUGGUUUUUACUUUUUUGGAAUAUGGCAACCAUGUCAGGAGUUCGGCCUACACUCGAGUAGGACCCUGGCCGAGACACAUGCCCAACUGGCAUGUUCCCUCCCUCUUGGUCAAUCGUUUGGGAGCUUCAUAAGCUUUCUUCAGCCCGAACAUCACAGCGACCGAUGCCAACCAACACCGGCACACUUAGGGAUCCGCAGUCUGCGCUGUUCGCGUGACAGAACUCAGCAUUUUGGAUAAUGUACUUUAUUUACAUAUAAACACACAUGGUGAAAUAUACUCAGAGUCGAGAGUGGAUUUCAUGCUCUUUAUUCAGCUCAUAGUGGGAGGAGGAAUGGAAGUCCCCCCAGAAGGUCUGCUUUAUAUACAUUAUUUACACAAUGGGCUGCACGUGAUUGGCUAAUUCCGGAAUUCUCCUGUAGGCCAAUCAGGUUGUGGAUUCUCUUCUAUCUGGAGCUGGAUUGGGUGGCUCCUGCAGACCAAUCAUACUGCUGCAUUGUUCUAGGACCAAUCAGACUGCUGCAUUCUGAAUCCUCUUGUUCUAGGACCAAUCAGACUGCUGCAUUCUGAAUCCUCUUGUUCUAGGACCAAUCAGACUGCUGCAUUUUGGAUCCUAUUCAACUCAGUACAUAACACACGGAGCACUGCAACAUGGCUCCCUCUCUCUCUAGCAUCAGACAGCAAAGAGAAAAGGAACAAAGGACAAUAGUCCCACUUUACGGAACACAGUAACACAAACAUCUUGUCUCCGUCAAACAUCUUUGACUCUGUGGAGUCAAAACAUACACCGUCAUGUGAAAGACAACAAUCCCAUGACUGCAGUCACAGGGCAGGAAUUCUAACAAACCCUGCUUGUGGGUUUUGGCUGCAGGAUGAACAGGAUGCUGGACUAGAUGGGCCAUGGGCCUGAUCCUGCAGGGCUCUCCUAACGGAUGGGUUGAGUCUAGCAAGCAGGAUGUUGCAGGCGCCUCUCCUGGCUUCCCAGCUCAGGAGAUGCAAGGCUGGCAGCUUCACCGUCCAAGUCAUUAGCAAGCGAAGCCUGUUUGCUUGACGUGUCUUCCCAUAAAACGCAGGCAGCCGGUGCUGGAGGGGGGAGAGGGACCCACACACACACAAAAAAACACAGACUGCGUCUGGCCCGCUUUAAUUAUCCUUGUAAAUUAAUCCGUCGCUCUCGUUCAGUGCAUGCAAAUGCAAUUUAAUUAUUGGCAGCAGAAGCUCACUGAGGCAGAGGGAAUGCACACAGCUCCCGGCUCACCCUCGCUCCCUGCGAAAGAGAGGCCACGGGUUGCCGGCUCAUCUCCCCAGAGAGCAAGGCUUCCAAGAAAUAUGGCGCAAACUGAUUAGGGAAAUCGGCAACAGGCGUCCCUGGGGAACGUGGGGAAGGAAAAGGAGAAGCUGAUUUAUACAGCACAGAUCCGACUCUCAGUGCCGCUGCAGGCAGUGAUUAAUUAAAUGCAAUAAUGAAAUUAAGAGGCGAUGUAGCGGCCGCAGGUUUUCGGAGCAUCGGCUGGGCUAGGUGACCUCCAGGAAAGCCUGGUUAGGUCCAAAGGAAGCUGCCUUAUAGUGUGUCAGAAGCCAUUGCUCCAUCUAAACUAGUACUGUCUGCACGGACUGGCAGCAGCUCGUCAGGCCUGGCCCAGCCCUACCUGGCGGUGACGCUGGAGAUUUGAACCCGAGACCCUCCCCAUGAAGUGCAGCUGCUCUGUCACUGAGUUAUGGCCCUUCUUCUAACAUUAAAGUGAGUUUCCAGUUCUGAUUUUGAGUAGUGAUCGGAUUUAAACAGGAACAUAAGAUGCUGCUUUAUAGUGAAUCGGAGACUAUUGGCCCACCUAGUACUGGCUACACUGACUGGCAGCAGCACUCCAGGGCUUCAGGUAUUAGUAUUUCCCUGUCCUACCUGGCUGUGGUUAUUCAGUAGUGUUACGGAAAUUACCGGGGGGGGGCACAUCUUUAAAGUUAAAUAUUACAAAUAUUAUGCCGGAAUGUAUCCUUUCAACUUGACAGCUCAGGGAAGUUACCUAGCUUUAAAAAUAAUAUAAAAUCAUCUCCUUUGCCAGUUUCCUCCAUUCCAAAGCUAUUUUCCCCUUGAAAAAGGACUCCAGGAAGUUCCCAAAGGUGACAAUUUCUGGGCUCAUUGUUAGCCAAGGGGAGCCAAAUCUCAUCACCUGACUUGCCUGAGGCUCCAGACAUGCAAAGGAAGUUCUAUUGUACUUUUGGGUGGUGGGUACUUAAGACAUAUUUGUCUAUGCUAAUCUUGUACCAAGGACUUGUCUGAACAUAUUUGCCAAGGUUAAACUAGUAUAACCCCUGUCUACCCCUCCCCUUUUGUGACAUGUCAGUGAUGUAGCAAUGAUGCUGUACGAACUGUCUUCUGGGAUAUGGUGGGAAAGUUUUAAAAGUCUUUGUCACCCCAUCCUUGGGGUUCAAAUUUGCUCUUUGAACCUAUUGCGCAAUAAACUUUGGUCUACAGCUAUUUGCUCCGGUUGGUGGCUGGACUCCUUCCUUUAUUCUGCAGGGACCCGCGGGCUCUGCCUGACGAGCCGGGUGACUGAGCAGCCUCACACCUAGAUUUUUUCCUUGACAAGUAGCAAGAACUGACUACUCUGCCCAUGCUCAGGAGACGCAUUUCUUGGCCGUUUCUGCGUAUCCCCUACAACAAACACAACUCACCCAGUACUGUGGCAGCCCUGGCUGGUAGAGAGGGCUGCUGCUUAGAAAUCGUGACUGCUUAGAAAUCAUGAUAAGAAUCUGACCCAUUGCUUCUUUCAGAUUUGCAUAGUCUACAAAGACUUUCAGAGACUCGUAAGACUUUCAUUUGGUUCUAUGUUUUCAAGAGAAUCCAUCAAGAGUGUAUAUUUUGUGACUUUCAGAGAUUUAUAAGAUUUCGGUUUAUUUGGUUUUGCAGAGAGUGCAUUUCAUAUAUUUCAUACUGUUCAAUGUUCUGUAUAGAUUAUAUAAAGAGUUUAUAUUGACAUCGUAUUGUUGUACUUGAUCAUCGUGUUGCUUUGGAUAUUACUGAUAGAAAUCAUGACUGGCAGCGUUUGCAGGAUUAAGUCAGGACCGGAGUUACAAAUGCACCGAAAUUCUACAGACAUGCAGGAAAAGAAAUACAGAAUGUGGCAUUCUUCUUUUUCUUCUUAAUACCAACCCAUCUUUCUUCUAACGAGCGCUCCAGGGGAAUUUUAUCCCCGCAACAACCCUGUAGGGAAAGUCAGCCUGAGCAGGGAUUUCAACCUUGGUCUCCUCGCAUUCCUUCUCCAAUACACAUUAUGCCGCCAGGUGCGAUAUCCAGUCUCCUGAAAAUAUCCAUCUUUUCCCUUAAAAAAUAAUAAUAAUGAAGAAAACAAGUUUCUAGUCCUUAACACAUACGGGUAGCCAAACUAAGGCCCAGGGGCUGGAUCCGGCCCAAUCGCCUUCUCAAUCUGGCCCGCGGACGGAAUCAGCGUGUUUUUACAUGAGUAGACUGUGUCCUUUUAUUUAAGAUGCAUCUCUGCGUUAUAUGUGGGGCAUAGGAAUUCAUUCAUUCCCCCCCAAAAAAUAUAGUCCGGCCCCCCACAAGUUCUGAGGGACGGUGGACCGGCCCCUUGCUGAAAAAGUUUGCUUAACACAAGUUUCUAGUUCCUAAUGUGGAUCCCAGCAGCGCAGGAAAGGCGGGGGGGGGGGGAGAGGGGGAAGUUGACUAGGGAGGCGUGGCUUAGAACUCUGGUUUGAAUGACAAAAACGGAGGAAAGGGAGGAGGGAGGAGAUUGGGCGUGGCUUAUGAGCCUGGGUUCCCAUUGGCUGGCGUGCUUUUUUUCUCCUUCCAGCCACGCCCACACCCCCCGUUGCUAGGAUACUUCCCAAACAAAGACGCAGAGCAGCCAGCAUGGCAACGCACUACAGUUCUGGCCAGGUGAGGGGGGGGGGAGAAGAGAGGCUGCCCCGAAUUGAAACCACCCCUUAUAUUUCCCAAAUAAGACGCUUGAAUUAGAGGGGGAGGGGAGGAUGGGAUUGCUCAGGGCAAGGAGAAAUUGUUUAGGGACGCUUUUAAUAUUUGAUGAAUUAUUUUAUUUUAAUAUUUUGUUGGAAGCCGCCCAGAGUGGCUGGGGAAAUACAGCCAGAUGGGCAGGGUAUAAAUAAAUUAUUAUUAUUAUUAUUAUUAUUAUAGCUGUCAACUUUUCCCUUUUCUUGCGAGGAAUCCUAUUCGGAAUAAGGGAAUUUCCCUUUAAAAAAGGGAAACGUUGACAGCUAUGAUUAUUAUUCCCUUUCCUCCCUACUGUGAGGAGUUCCAUUCCCCCUCCUUAGUUCAGAAGCAGCCCUUCUUUGCCAUUUGCUCCAAAGCGUCUAUGAAGAGGCAAACUUCUCCCCACUUUCAACGUUUCUCCCAAACGACCAUCUGCAAUAAAGCCCUCAUUGAGGAAUUCUUUGCCCCCUCCCUUGGAGUGAGACCCCCCCUCCUCAUUUUGGAGAGGACUCCGCAGCUCGCCCGCCCCUUGCCCCGUUUAAACUCUCCUCCAGGGUCUGUUAGCCACAAGCUUUCCACUUCCUCACAUCUGGGAACCUACCUACCUACCCUCCCUCCCUCCCCCAGGGAGAAAAAUCCUCUCACCACCUUCUCACAGUGGCCAACCAAAUGCCCCAUUGGAAGCCUGCAAGCAAGACGUGGUUGCAAUGAGCCAACCCCUCCCCUCGUUUUCCAGCUGCUCCUUCCCUUCUCUCACUCUCUCUCUCUCCCCCCCCCCCCCCCACGCUGCUUUUGGCAUAAUAUAUUCUGCUUCCUGGGGAGGGUUAAUGAGCUCUACAGCAGCCCACCCCCUUUCCCCCAGUGACAUUUCUGCCCCAUUUUGCUCAUAUAUUUCAUUUCAUGACCAUGAGGACUAGGAACUUACUGGAUCUCUUUAAAAGUGAAAGACAAGGUUCCCUUCCACAUACACACACUUCUUUUUUACCGCUCGUAUUCUGGGACCAGCACUAAACCUGCUUCAUCUCAGCUCUGCUGCCUUGAGGUUUUGUUGCCCCAUCUCAAAUCCCCCCCCCCCCCUUGUUUUGCAGUAUGAAGAUGCGUACAAUCCUAAGAAUUUGCAGAACUGGAACCUUCCCAGAGUUGCUAAGGAGGUGAGUUUCCUCUGGAAGCAAGUGUGGAAUGAGCGGACUUUGGAGAUAGGUUGAGGUCUGGUGCUCUCCUAACAACAGAAUAAGCCUCACCCUUUUACCAGUGCUGGGGAAACUCUUAUGUUUGCUUUGAUCGGUUUAUUGCAUAUUUUGAUUAUGGAGGUUGACCUUUUAAUGUUUUCAGAGGAUCACUUUACUGUAUCUUUGUUAUGGAUGCUUAUAUAUUUUAAGGUUUGUGUUGUGGUUUUUAUAACAUGUUAACCUCUAAGAAGCCGAUUUUGGCAUUAAGUGCGAUAAAAAUUAAUAAAUGAUUAUAGUAAAAUCCAAUUAAGGGCACAUUUCUUGUCACCAUCAUCUUCUGCUGCAUAUUUAUAUAAAUCGUGGGUUGUAUCCAACAUUGGUGAUACUAAUUGGUGUGGUGCAGUGGUUAGAGCGUCGGGCUAGGACCUGGAAGAGACCAGGGUUCAAAUCCCCUCUCAGCCAUGAAACUCACUGGGUGACCUUAGGUCAAUCCCUGCCCCUCAGCCUAACCUACCUCACAAGGUUGUUGUGGGGAUUAGGAGAGGAGGAGGAGAGCCUUGUAUGCCACCUUGAGUUCAUUGAAGGAAAAAAAUGGGGAUAUAUAUAAAUGCAAUCCAUGCUCAGAAUAAAAUUAAUGUACAUGAAUAACAUGGGACCAUUACAUUCAGUUAAAUUAUCUGAGCAGAACUUUUUUUCUUAAUGCUGCUAAAUCAUACAGAAAAUAUCAAAGCGGUUCCACAACAUCUGUACAUUAAAUCAUACAAUAAAAGCCAUAAAAUAAAAAUUAAAAUCAGUUAACUAUUGUGAAAAGCUGUAUUCUUAAUUGCCUGCAUAAGCCUGACAGAAUGGAAAUACAGUGGUGCCUCGCAAGACGAAAUUAAUUCGUUCCACGAGUUUUGUCGUCUUGCGAUUUUUUUCGUCUUGCGAAGCACGGUGUCGGGAAAGUUUUGGAAAAGCUUCAAAAAUCACCAAAGUCUUUAAAAACCUCAAAAAGGCUACCACACCGCGUUCUAUGAGUUGCUCCUCGAAGUCAAGUCGCAACUGUAUUAACGGUGUUAAGAAAAAGGAAACAAACUUGCAAGAUGUUUCCGUCUUGCGAAGCAAGCCCAUAAGGAAAAUCGUCUUGCGAAGCAGCUCAAAAAACAAAAAACCCUUUCGUCUAGCGAGUUUUUUGUCUUGCGAGGCAUUCGUCUUGCGAGGUACCACUGUAUUUUCAGCAGGUGCCUCCUGAAUAUCUAGUGGGGGAGAGUUCCACAAGACAGGCUGAUGACAUUAAAAGCUCGGUUCCUUGUUGUUGUCAAAGGAGCCUUGCCACCUCAGGGAAACUUGGUUGGAUACAACCCUUAGUAAAUAGAAUGCUGCUCCAUUUGGCCUUCCUCCUGCCUUCAUUCUCCUCCCAUCUUCUCUGCAGCACCCCUCUGCCCGGGAAGGUUACACACAGUUUAUAGCCAAUGACCGAGGACACCUGCUUCCGGCAGUCCCACGCUCCAAGGUGAGGCUCUGCUCCAGGGACGGGGAAAUCUCAGGCCUGGGGGGCUGAAUGCGGCCCUUCAGGACUUUUGUGUGGCCCUCAGGACUCUCUCUAGGCCACGCUCCUUACGGACUGCCUGCCACACUCCUUAAACCCUGAUAAUUCCUCUGAUUUGCCUGGAUGGAUGCCCUCCUAGUCAACCCCAGUUGGCGUGCCAAUGGGCAGGGAUGCUGGGCACUGGAGCUCUGCCACAUAGGUAAAGGUAAAGGGACCCCUGACCAUUAGGUCCAGUUGUGGCUGACUCUGGGGUUGCGGCGCUCAUCUCGCUUUGUUGGCCAAGGGAGCCGGCGUACAGCUUCUGGUUCAGGUGGCCAGCAUGACUAAGCUGCUUCUGGCGAACCAGAGCAGCACACAGAAACACCGUUUACCUUCCCGCUAGAGCGGUACCUAUUUAUCUACUUGCACUUUGACGUGCUUUUGAACUGCUAGGUUGGCAGGAGCAGGGACCGAGCAAUGGGAGCUCACCCCGUCGCGGGGAUUCGAACCGCUGACCUUCUGAUCGGCAAGUCCUAGGCUCUGUGGUUUAACCCACAGUGCCACCCGCAUCCCACCCUGCCACAUAGAGCAUGGUUAAACAGUGGGAUUUGUUCCCGCGAGAGGUAGUGAUAGCCACCCACUUAGAUGGAUUUAAAAGGGGGAUUGGGCGAAUUCCUGGAGGAUAAGGCUAUCAACAGCUACAAGUCGUCAUGGCGAUCUUCACUCGCCAGUGUUCACCCUCUGAAUACCAGUUUCUGGGUCUCACAAGUGGGCAGAGUUGCUGUGGCUCUCAAGUCCCGCUUGUUGGCUGCGCUUUGGAGCAGCUGGCUGUCCGCUGAGAGAAAAGGAUGCUCAACUCCAUCAAUAGCUAGUAGCUACAAUGGCUAUGUUCUCCCUCUACUGUGGGAGGCAGCAGUGAGCCACUGAGUUUCUGGGAAUCACAAACGUCGGAGAUUUGCUGUUGCGCUUUUAUUUUUUAAAUAUAAUUUUAUUAGUUUUUUGCACAAAAUGUGACGUUACAGUGGUACCUCAGGUUACAUACGCUUCAGGUUACAGACUCUGCUAACCCAGAAAUAGUGCUUCAGGUUAAGAACUUUGCUUCAGGAUGAGAACAGAAACUGUGCUCCGGCAGCACAGCAGCAGCAGCAGGAGGCCCCAUUAGCUAAAAUGGUGCUUCAGGUUAAGAACAGUUUCAGGUUAAGAACGGACCUCCGGAACGAAUUAAGUACUUAACCUGAGGUACCACUGUAUUCCUUUGGACAUAAUACAUAAUUAUAUUUUGCCUUCCCAUCCGUACGUCCGCGAUGCUCCUGUUGUUAUUCCUGCCAUAGCUGCUAUUUAUUUUCUACUUACUUUACCAUCGUUCAUUUAUUCUCCUUCCCUCGCCUGUUAUUCGAAUCCCCCUUGGAUUUCACUUGGCUGUAGUGUUUUUGAUCAAAUAGUCCGACCAGAACCUCCAAUUCUUGGACCAAGUUCUCAUCUUUUUGACCUCUUCUUUCUGCUGUCAACUUUGCCAUCUCUGCCUAGUCCAUUAACUUCAAAAUCCAUUCUUCUUCCGCUGGGAAAGAAGGUCCCUUUGUGCUCAGGUCCUGCUUGGCGGCUUCCCCCGUAGUCACCUUGCUGGCCACAGCAAGAACAGGAUGCUGGACCCGAUGGGCCUCUUGGCUGGAGCCAGCCGCUGGGCUCUCGGCUUGCGUCCUUGCGUCCCACCCAUGUGCUUGAGCCCUCUCCUUCCUCGCCCCCCGACAGGCCUCCCCUUGGGGAACAUACAUGGGCACAUGGGAUAUGCCCCUGAAGAUCCCCCCGGCCAAAGUCAACCUCACGUCCCGCUCGGUGAACGCAGCCGCCCAUCUCACUGAGUGGAUCAGCAAGUCCACGGCCUUGAACAACGCCUGUAACGGGUUCUGCCCGGAAAUCACCGGCAAGGUAAAAUGGGCUGGGCUGGGGGGUAGGGGUUGGUGUUUGGAAUCCCCCUCUGGGACACACCUGUAGGCCAAGCCAGUGUGGUGUAGUGGUUAAGAGCGGUGGACUCGUAAUCUGGUGAACUGGGUUCGCUUCCCUGCUCCUCCACAUGCUGGGUGACCUUGGGCAAGUCACACUUCUCUGAAGUCUCUCAGCCCCACUCACCUCACAGAGUGUUUGUUGUGGGGGAGGAAGGGAAAGGAGAAUGUUAGCCGCUUUGAGACUCCUUCAGGUAGUGAUAAAGCGGGAUAUCAAAUCCAAACUCCUCUUCUUCAAGCGGGACAGCCAGGGAGCCUUUGCAGAAUCCAAAGUCACCUCUGCUGCACCAUUCAUUUGAAGCACACUUAACGCACAUGUGAAUCACAGGCUGCACGCUGCAAAGAGCUGUUGUUCCCGGCAUGGCGGCACUCUUAACAAGCAGCAGACCAAGUGUCCCCGUUUUCCAGGGACAGUCCUGGAUUUACAGAAGCCUUCCCUAUUUGUGUUUCGAUCCUGGAAUGUCCCGCUUUUCCUUAGGACGUCCCUCUUUUCAUUGGAGAAAUCUUGGAGGGUAUGAAACAGCAGCUGAAUUCCUGGAGAGUGGCUGCCAGGCAGUUUAGAUAAUUCUGAACUGUAGUUUCCUGUAUUUGUAUCUUUGCUGAAGGGUUGUUGCUCCCAGAUUCAAUCCCCAGGAUCUCCAGGUAGUGAGCUGCUGCAAGUCAGUGUUGGCAAUGCUGCGAUAGAUGGAGCAAUAGUUGAGUCAUUGUGGAAAUCCCCUUCCUAUGCUCCCAUCAGCUGCAGGCAGCAUAAUCAAUGGCCAGGCAUGAUGGGAGUUGUAGUCCCAACAAACAAACUGGAGGACGUGAGGUUAGGGAAGCUGGCCAUAGACAGGCCUCUCUUUCUGGCAAGGCAUGACUCCUCCCAAAGAAUCCUGGGAAGUGUAGUUCACUGUGCACAGUGCUACCGUUCCCAGCACCCUUAACACAUGAGAGUUGCCAGGAUUCUCUGGGGGGAGAGCCAUGUGCUUUAAAUGUUUGCCAAGUGUGCUUUAAAUGUAUACGGUGUGGAUGCGACCCAAAUCUCAUGCUUGCCAUACUGAUAGCUGUGAGAUCACAGAAAGGUUAACUGCAAAAUGUUCCUUAAAACUGUUGAAAGGAAAUGCUAGAGUGAUGCAGUUUUAUCCUGACAGACUUAUGCAGUUGUUUUGACAUUUUCUUGAGUUGCCAGUCAUUUUAAUGAUUGAUCUGUACUGUUUUUAAUGGGUUUUUUUCUGUUUGUAUAUCGCUGUACUCUGCCUGGAUACAUGUAUAAGGAAACUUUUUUAGAUAGCUAAGGAGGAUGGAGGGCACAAGAAAUGUUUAGGAAACCAGGCAGCCUUUGGAGAAUUAGGGAAGGGGUGUAGAGCAUCUGCUUUCUAUGCAGAAGGCUGGGGAAAGACUCUCUUUCUGAAAGAGCAGCUGCCAGACAGUGCAGACAAUAUUGAGAUAGAUGGACCAACAGUGAUCCUCCACUGAAUCCGAUUGGCAGGAGAUGCAGUACAGACAGGUGGACUGCUUCACUCCCAGUGUAUUUAAACGAUGGAACUCACUGUUGCAGGACGAUGUGUUUAAUUAUUUUAUUAGAUUUAUUUAUUAGUGAUUUAUGCAGUGAUGGGCAACCCCCUAUUCUCUCCCUCCCAAAUCCCCACAGCCAAGCGACCCUCCACCACGCGUUUGCAAACCCGUCAAAGGCGGCCCAUCGUCAAGAAAAGCCUCGGAGCGUCCCGGCUCGGUGGGCGAGAUGCCUGCUCAGGAAGACACCGCAGCCAGAGGGUCCGCCACCCCCAAGGGCCCCCUCUCCCGCCAGCCCGGUUGCAUUGACGUCCGCAUGAAAGACGACUUGCCAGAUGCCCAGCAGAUGGAGCCCAAGGAACCCAGACCUCCAGCCACCAGCGAAAUCCCGGUCUCACGCCAGCCCGGUUCCAUGGAUGUCCGCAUGCAAGAAAACGGGAGCCCCAAAAUCCCAUCCCCGAGCCGCCCCAGCUCCAGGGAGCCUGCUGCCAGGAGGGCGGCCUCGGCAGAGGCCCCUGCUUCAGGCUGGCCCCGGUCGCUGGAAGGGAAACCCAAAGGGGUCAGCACCCCAGAGCUCUUGGCUUCGUGUCGCCCAGGCUCCAUGGAAGCCAAUCCCCGGAGCCCGCUUUUGGCCGAAGCCCUGGCGUCCAGCCGGCCCACCACGAAGGGCAGCCUUGCAGCACCAGAUGUCCGGAAGACCCCGCUAGACAUGGGCGCGGAUUGGCAGGAGAAGGGAGCCUCUCCCCGACCCCUCCACGGCCUGGAGGAGCCGUCCAGUUAGAACCAGGCCGCCUGGAAAUGGAAAAAUUCUAUUACCAAUGAGUUGAAAGUUGAAAACAAGCCAUUCUGCUCAGUCUGGUCGAGACGUCCUGGGGGGCCUGCAUGUGUUUCUUUCCCCUCUCCUACCCUCUCACCUCGCCCCACCUUGGGGCUUCUCUCCACCCCUCUGCCCUCUCCCCAUUCCACCCCAGUUCCCUUUCUCUGUUCCACCUACCGAGAAACACCUUCCAUCCGGUCCAGCCAGACAAGUGAGACCCAUCCAUUUCUCCACUCGCCUGAACCUCAGGAAAAACGAAAAAAGGAAGGGGGUUAAAGCCCUGCCUGAGAGACACUGCCCAGGAGAUGACCUGCCCGAACAAGCGGGCAGCAAGACAACCAACCCGAGCUUUGCCAAUCAGAAAAUUAAAUAAUUACAACCACAGGGGCCGCUGAUGAUGGAAUGGGUGUUUUCAUGGUAAUAGACACUAAAUAAAGCUAACCCCAAAAACCAGUUUCCCAAUAGGUCUUGAUUGCCUGUUUGUGUGGUGUAGUGGUUAAGAGCGGUGGACUCGUAAUCUGGUGAACCGGGUUCGCUUCCCCGCUCCUCCACAUGCAGCUGCUGGGUGACCUUGGGCUAGUCACACUUCUCUGAAGUCUCUCAGCCUCACUCACCUCACAGAGUGUUUGUUGUGGGGGAGGAAGGGAAAGGAGAAUGUUAGCCGCUUUGAGACUCCUUUGGGUAGUGAUAAAGCAGG